AUGGCCUCCUCAUCCAUCUCUGUACCCGCCGCAGGUAAUGGUUGAUGAAUUAUCGUCCUGUUUUGCCGGAAACACUUACUUUCUUCUCUCCUUCAUGUUUUCGUUUUCGCAUCCCAGAAGCUGUGCAGGCUCUGGUGGCCUCUCUCGCCGAUGAGUCGCUGACGGUCAGGGAUGCGGCCAUUGCGGCUCUAGAGGAGAUAGCUCCACUGUAAUUGUCACUCCCGUACCAUUUGCAGUUCCAUGUCUCCCUCGCAUUUGCGUUCUGUCGUUGUAUCAGCUAUGUUCCCCUUGCUACAGGAAUCCUAUUCUGGUCCUAAAUUACUGCUCUGCUGGUUCGCGAGGAGGUCGCCGGGUACAUAUUAUCGUAUCGAGACUUUCUUCUAGUAUCAAGCUUAUAUGAUCGUUGAAUUAUUUUGGCUAUACUUUAUUUUUAUUUCCUUGUAAAUUAUUUUUUCGUCUGGCCUCUGGUGUGCAUUUAUAUGGUACAGCGAUUUGGAAACAUGGCCGGUCUCUUUACUGUUAUGGCAUGCGCUGUUAGAGCUAUGGACACGAAGGAUGCAGACGAGAUCUUCAUGAUGAGUCUUGCCAAGAUUGCAACUUCUGAGAUAAUCACUUCCAAGGUCUGUUUGAUUCUAUGUUCCCUCGUGUUUCAUUUCCAGCUUCCACUUCAGUCUUAUGUAGAGUCGCAGUGCAAUGAAUAGAAGAUCCCGGGAUUGACUCAUCGGAAUAGUUAUCUAUUUGUUUCGAAGUAGGGUCAUUAUUCUUGUUUCAUCGGAAAAUAAUACACUGAGUCGCUUUGGGGUAUUCAAAAUAUCGUGCUUAUAUUGUGAAAAUAUACUACUCCAGCUUGACAGCUCAAUCAGUAUAUCCUAGGUUUGGUUGGCAAAAGUGAAUUUUCUGCGGAUGCCAGUCAGUGAGUACUUGAAAGUCCAAAGGUUCGGCAGAUACUUGGUGUAUUCAGUUUAUACACCAGCUGAUGUUCAUAAAAAAUGGCAGUGUUAACACCUCACCACGGAAACGUCAGCAUUUUCAUCAUCAAGUAUUUUGUUGCAUGAUCAGGCAUGUAAUCCAGGAGAUAUAUAAACCUUAAAACCAAUGUGACUUUUUCUAUGUAUAAGUUUAGGCACAAUCGUGUAAAGCAGAUAGUAGUUGAUCUGCAGCCGAACAUAACCUGCUUGGUUUUCUAAUUGGAUACUAGCCAAUUUAGUAGGGAAUGUAAGGCCCAUGUGCUGGAUAAUGUAAUUAUUUUACAUAUCGAUAAAUGUAGUUAAAUAAGUGCACAUGCACAAGAAUGCCAAGGCACAAGGAAGAGAUAAACAAAUUUGAUUUCUCCAAAUUGAUGAAUGACAGUGGGCAAUGCUACUUUUUGUAAUGAUGAAUUAUUCACUCUUCCAUCUGGAGAGUCGUGGAUCUAUAAAGUAACAUACACUAUAUUGGUGUACGUUCUUUGUUCUUGUACAGGGAAUUCUUUUUAGAAAAAUAAUUCUUCAUAUAUAUAUAUAUAUACAUAACGAUAUUUUUAUUUAUCACAACGUGGUACCAUCCACUCCAUUUCUCCCAAAAAAAUUGACAAAGAAAGCAAUACAUUCCGCCCGAGUUUUUUCUUAAGAGUUUACAAAGAGUUGUGGAAGUAUCCUAUAAAUGCUUUUGCUAGUUUCCUUGUAUAGUGAAGGGCAGUGAUUUAAAUGGUAGUCCUUUUCCUUGAAUAAUUCCUUUUCAGUAAUUCUCAAACCAGACAUCAUACUGUCGUCUAAUGAGACUUCUCAUUGUAAACCAGACCUUCCAUUUCCUCCAGAAUUUUCUUUUAUCUUUGGAUCCUUAAGGCAUUCCUUAACCAAAAUCGUGAGCAUAAAAAAUCUCGAAAUAUUGUAUCGUACAAUCUAAUUUGGAAUCGGGAAAGAAAAUAAACAAGCACAUUUUUGGAAGAGGAAGUUUCCUACCAGUCGAGUUUCUUAUUCAAUGUGUGAUAAGAACAAAAGGUGGCGGUGGAAAUUUUUUGUAACGAGGAAGGGGCUGAUUUUAUUAUUUUGGUGAGGUUGGGUCACUGAUAUGGUCAGCACCACCUUGAUGUAAAAAAAAAAAUGAUGCAUAUAUGGUUUUGAAAAAGCCUACUCUUCUACCACUUCAAUCGAUGGCUAAGCUACCUUGAAUCGAUGAAUGAAUGAAUGUUUCAAUCAUGGUCUCCUUCCCCCAUUUGCGUUGUAUGCUAUAACAGCAAAUGCUUUUUUGCGGAUGCAUAGUUCUUUGAACACAUUUUUGAAGAGGAUUUAUGGGCUCCGCAGAUCUUUGAACGAUUUAUCCUUUUUUAAAAUCUUUUCUUUGUUGUCUUGGAAUUUGAUUAUAAUUCAAUGUCUCCGUAAUUAUUGAAAUGCGGAGUGUAUAGUUUUGAUUGAUCAAAAAAUGUGAAAUAAGUUUAAGAUUUCUCCACCUUAUUAGACUGCCAUAUUGUGAAAAGGUAGAUGAGGAAGAACAAUAUUCAGUAGAACUUUGAGCAAACUUCGAGUGUCACCUAUAGUCUUCUUGAAUAUUAAAGAUGAUUAUGUGUUCAUAGUACUAUUGCUGGGAACAGACAGAGAUCAUUUACAGCAUACUGCUGGUUGAUUCCUUUUUGACAUCACAUUAGAGCCAGUGGACAGCUCUAACUAUUUAGCCAUGAACAAGAUCUAUGAUUUACUCAGUUUUGAGAGAGCUAUUGAGGGUGUUAGCGAUGGUUUUUCAAGAGAUUUGUACAUCUAUAGUUCGUGAUAUCAUACUCACGUUUCUGCCAGCAUUUUAUGCAGCCCUCAAAUUUCGUCUUUGUUUUUUUAUAAAUAUUCAUCUAUGAUGGCAUUGUGAUCUGUUUGAAUGCUCAUGAGGGAGGGCAGUACCAAUAGAAAAUUUGAUCAUUCCUGUUGUUGUACAUCUUUGUCAGAGAUUGGCAAGAAGAAACUUUCUGUCAUUCGCCUAGCACAGGGUAAAUCAAUCGAAUAGCCAGCAGAACCAUUGCAAGCAAUAGUUCUGCCUGUACUGUGAUUUGGAUUGCUUUCAAAUGAAAAAGAGCACAAGUUUUCUCCGUUUUCAUGAGGAUUUUUCUUUAGCGGGAGAAAACAUUUGCCUAUAAGGUCUCCUCUUUUUCUCAAGGGUGAAAACUUCUCUCUUGAAACUUUGGCUGUUAGUAAACAUGUUGCUCAAUAAACUGUCAGUUGUACACAAGACAAGCGGGAUAAGCGGAUGGUAUUCUUGUGCCGCCUGCCACUUGCCAUCAUACUGAGUGCACAACUUGAGCGGUUUCAUCUCUGCUAAUGUACCCCAUUACUUGACCUGUAAAAUCUGUUUUCUCACCGGGCCAUGCUCAAUGAGAUUGCUCUCAUUGGUUUUCAAUUGGGCAUUCUGGAAACAUCGCUGGUCAAUUCAGAAAACUGUUUGUCCAUUUCUCUGCUUGUUAGCUCCUGCGGUGUUCCUCAGAUUAAAAUAAUUGAAAAGCAAAUGGAGGUGCAUGGGAAUUGAGUGUUAUCCUAAAGGAUGGUAAGUUGAUUUAAAUUUGGUCGGAGUUUGUAAUUCCAAAUGAAGAAUUUCCGUAAAUAACACUAUGGAGCUUCAUUUGUGCUCAAUAAGGGAAUUCUUUUUGAUGGAGGCGAUUUUUAUUAACUAUAAAUGACUUACAGAAUGUGGACAGAUCUUUGAGGAUUUUCUUGCAAUAUUUGUUGAACAAUUUUGUUUCUAGUCUCAUGCUUGACUUCAAGGUAUCCUGCAGUGACUGGAUGUUUGAUUAAUGCUGGUUGUAUCAUUUGCAUUUCCUUCUGUAUUUCCAGUCCUGGUAACUCUUGUCAAGUCUGAUGUGUGAUGUAUAUUGGGUCAUGUUGUAUUUUAUCUUCAAUAAAAGUGGUAGCCUGUCCUUUCCUCUACCGUCAAAAUUAAAAAAAUUACUGGUAGACAAAGAGCACAACUAUUAGUUCUGUGGCCUCUCAAUGCUCUAUCCCUAAAACGGAACCCCAAGAAAGAAGGAAACAGAAAACAAGAGUCCGAUGAUGCUGUGUAUUGUGAUAAUACGUUAGUGUUUUUUGUAUUGUGUUCCUUGUUUUUGUUGGGUACAACUGAGACUGAUGCUAUGUGUUUUUCUAUGUUUUGUUCUUUUCGGUGUAGGAGCUUAAUGCCGACUGGCAAAGAUCUGCAGCCAGUUUACUUGUUUCAAUUGGUUCGCAUGCGCCUGACCUGGUAAGAUAAUAUGGCUGUAUAAAUUUUAUUGGAAAUAAUCUUGUUCAAGUUGCACCAAUCAUACGACAAGAGUUUUGCAUCAGUCUCUGUCUGUCAACAAUAUAAUCAUAUCCUCUACCUUGGCUUCACUGAAGCAAGUCUUGUUGCCCUUUUUUGGCUAGACUUCUAUCAGCCAUACAUUCACUCCCUUUCUUUUAACAUAUGUUUUUACAGAAUUUAUUUGACCGUUUUCGUUCUAUUUUUUUUGAAUUUGAAGAUGAUGGAGGAAAUUUUUCGCCAUUUCACUGGUCCUAGUUCGGCCCUACCAGCAAUGGUUCAAAUCCUUGCAGAUUUUGCCUCAUCUGAAGGUGACCAUCUUAUUUCAUACUAUUUUUCCUCUGAAUUCCUAUUUGUAAUAUAAUUAUGAAUGGCUAAUCAAUCUUUUUUCUCAUAACAUUUGAAGCUUUGCAGUUCACUCCCCGUCUAAAGGAUGUCCUAUCACGAGUAUUACCAAUUCUCGGUAACAUACGUGAUAACCAGAGGCCAAUCUUUGCAAAUGGUAUAUCACUAUGGUGGUUAUUUUAUUUCUGGGUAACAUAGGCUUGAACUUGACCCUUGUUUUUGUUUUCGUAGCAUUCAAAUGUUGGUGUCAAGCUGCACAGCAGUAUGGUGGGGAUUUCCCUUCUGAUUGGCUGCAUGAUAGUGUUGUUAUGUAAGUUACCGUCCUGAUAUGAAUAUAAAUAUAAGUUAACAUCAUAUCCCCUGUACCAAAAAUACCCAUCACAGUGGUCAAGUUUAAAUUUCUUCUACACGGCAUAAUCCCAUGGAAAUACCUUACUCUGUUACAGGUCAUUUUUGAAUUCUGUUUUUGAACUUCUGUUAAAGGUGUGGGCCAGCUCUCGUGAUCUAAAGGUAUUACUAUCUAUAGUUGGGAUUAUUCGGUAGAAAAUUUAAGCCUAUAUUAUUUAUUGUUUAUGUCUGAAGCCUUUUCAAACUCUUUUUUGUCUUUGCACUGUAUUGGUUUUGAUUACCAAUUUUUUAAACUGGCCUACGCGCAAUGCUUCGAAUAAUUGAUCAGUAUCUCAAUAAAUUAAUUUUAUAUGUUAGGUAUUAUAAUCGUAUAUUGAAAUUUCUUUAACAUAUUCGACCCGAUUUAAUGGUAUUUUGCAUGUUGGUUGCAACUUGCGAUCUUUAAAUUAGUUAGGCACCUGAACAACUAGACAAAUUGGAUCCAGUUAGUCAGCUCAUUUUAGUCUCUGCUUUUCCUGUUGGUGGUCCAUCAAGCAGCUGAUCUUCUUGACAUAGGCCUCUAACCUGAAGGUAUGGUGGCCUGGAGAGGAGGUCAUUGGUCUCAAAACCUCUCUCCCCUACCACAGCCCCGACUUAAGGAUUCACACCCCUGUUGAUAGUUAUGCAGGAAAGAAGUGAGACAAGGGGAGGAGGCACGUCUUCAUGAUGAUUUGCUCACCAUUAGUGUUGUCACAUUGCAUAGGUCAGAGGAGAAGGAGAAGUUGGGGGGAGAUGACCUUAUCCGAGCACUACCGUUUCCCCUUAGAUAGGCGUGUGAGGCUUUGAUUAGUGGCUCGAUACUGUUAGAGGUGAUGGACCAUGGGAGCUGCAUGACUUUUGAACCACCUAUCCAUGCCAUUCUGGUGCAGCGAUGCUUGAUGUAGUUGGCCACGUUAUCCCUGCUGUCCAAUGAGCCUGCACGUUAGUCAUCUGUUGGAGAGCUUCUGUAAGUUGGUCCUUGAGUCGUCAGUAGUCAAGUGAUCUGGUCUUGCCAUUCUCAAAUGAUGCUGCCGCAGUGUUGGUCCAUAGGUCAACCCCAUGGAUAUGCCUACUUAUUCCAAUGCAUUUAGUUCUGCUUUUUCUACUAGAACCUGAUUUUUGGGAUAGGGAAAAUGGUCUGAUAAACUUGUACUAACAGAUCCUUGCACUCUGAUAUUGGGUUGCUUAUAGACUGUUUUUCUGGAUUGGCCAAGUAAAAAAAUUGGCUCGAACCUGCUGAAAACGGAGAAAAACCUCUGUCAUUGAGGACAAAGGGGAGAAUGGCGGAAAACCACCUCAAGAUUUAUUCACCUCUAACAUCUAUUAUAUAGGGAGGAACCCUAGACAAUUUUUGCAAAACACCCUCAGUCUUUUACAGUAUUUUCUUACGACCUAGAACUUCCAACAGAACCCUUGAUGAAUCUUUCACUACAUUUAUAUUCUCAACAGGAAUAUUACGCCCUUUUAUUUUCAUUCUGUAAUUUUAUUUUGUGAACUUGUCUUCUCGCCAUAGACUCUUAUGGUUCUCAAUGGUUAAAUUAUUUUGAUUCAAUUAUUAGACCUAUGAGACCAGAUAAUCCAGAUCAUGAGCCCACUUAUGUUCAUACAUGCUUCUAUCUUUUGGACCUUAUUGAAGCAUAUUGCAUGACAAUAACUUUCUUGUGUGAGGUCUCCUCACCAUUUAUACACUUGAAUUAGGGUUGUUACCUCUAUUGGGUUAGUUUUUUGGAUGGCCUAAGAGAUCGGAAAAUGCAUCUUAUUCUCAUAUUUUUCUGCUUAAGGAGCAUCUUUAUUGGGUCAAAGUAGUCAAAAAAUUAUGAUUAAAACUCGAGUAUCAUGUCAUUAUUUCCUCUCUAAUACCCCUGAUUUUUAUGUACGUUUCUAUUAUAUUCAGUGAAAAAUAAUUCAGUUUCCUGUUUAUGCUCUUCUAUUUCAUACAUCAUAAAUGGUCUGUCUUGUUAUAUUUCUGCUGUUAUAAUUUAUUUCAUUAAAAUAUAACAGGUAAGGCUAUCAGCUGUGGAUGCUUUGGGACAAAUGGUUGGUCUCAUUACUCGUUCCCAACUUAAGGCUGCUCUGCCUAGGCUUGUCCAAACUAUCUUGGAUCUGUAAGAAGAGACAUGGACGUUUUAUAUUUGAUCGGGACUUCACUUAGCUACUCUUUGUUGAUGUCUUCACUAAGUAUCCGACUGAGACUUGUUUCUUUUGUAUUUAAAUCUGUAUAGUUACAGGAGAGACCAAGAAAUUGCCUUUCUUGCGACAUGUAGCCUGCAUAAGAUUCUCAAGGCCUCCUUGUUGACCGAGAGUGGACCUCCUUUACUUGACUUUGAGGUAAUGAAGUUUCUAUGCUUAAUUUUUUUGAGUUUUUAGUGUUCAGUUAUAUAGAUUUGAUCCUUUAAUAGAGGCUGGGGUUUUUUGUCUAAUUUUUUAUGCGAGAAAUGUCUUUCUGUGGACAUUUUAUUAUCUAGACUUGUCAAUUUGUAAUCAACCACUUUGUUUUGUAUCCGAUGUGCCUUCUGUUUUGUUGAUGGUGGUAGGACAUUUUUAAAAGAUACAGGAGAAAAUAUAAGAAUAGUACCAAUUCUCCUUCUUUCCGUCCUUGGAUCCCGAAAAGGAGAAAUAUUUCCUUUUUUAUGUUUAUGUUCAAUUUAUGGAUAAAUUUGUGUGAAGAAAGGUUGUAAGUGCCUCCGUCGUUUCCAAAUAUCUAAGGGAACAUAGAUGUUUUGAUGACUUCAUAUUUAGAAGUUAGUGCAUUUGGAGAAGUUGGCAACUUUUAUUUAUUGAUUUGCAUCAUAACUUAUGUUAACAUAGAUUUGAUGUCAUUAGUGCUAACUAAUUGUCCUUAUUUGGAAACAUGAAUCUUCUGGUUGCUGACAUAUCUUACAAAUAUAUUGAAGUUCGAAGUCACUUUAAUCUCUCAUCUUAAUGAUGUCUCAUAUACUCUACAGGAACUCAUAAAGAUCCUAUGCACACUUGUUCCCCUGGCAUGCAUUAACGACUCCAAGGAAAAGCAUUCUGAUUUCUCUGUGAAACUCAAGGUAUUGCUGUCAUGAAAUUGCAAUCAGCUUUUGUUGUUUAGCAUAUCCAUAAAUAUUUUCAUACAAUAUUUUCCAGUUAACGUUGAAGGACAGAAUCAGGCAUUUCCAAGUACCCCUACCGGGUUUCACACAAAUAUCAUUGUAGGCUGUAAAUAGUUCUGAUAAACACUAUCAACUAGUCAGUGUUUAAGUGAACCUUAGAAUUACUCUUUUCUUGUGAUUCUCGAGUUAUCACAUUGGAUAGUGCCAGUGAUACUAUUCUUUGAUUGGUUCAGGCGUUCACUUUGGACUGUAUGUCUUCAAAAUUGUUGAUAUAAAAUGUGUAUGCACGAUGAUGUACUCUGAAAUGUUAUACUGAUGAUAUGACACAUCGCCUGACUGGAUGUUCAUUUUAGGGACAGAUGAUAUGAAAAAAUAAUCUCCUCGGUUUUCCCCAUCAUUUAGAGUAAGCUUUCUGGUUUUCUAUUUGUUGAGAUAUUCCUGAUUCCCAUAAUGGUGUUUAAAGUUUUUCAUGGAUUACUAAAUGUAGAAUAGUAUAGUCCUCUAUUCAAUGUGCUGGUAGAUCCCGAGGCAACCUUGGAGAGGAAGAAGAAUUUUUAUUCAAUGAAAAACAAGAAUCCGUUUUGCAGGAGGGAGAUGGUCUAGUAUUUAUACUAGACCUUUGAGAGUUCUAGACAUAGAUGCAAACACUUAGGGGCAUAUCUACCAACAUGAAAAAUAAAGGGGUCUAUUUGUUAAAUCCUCUUGACAACACUUCCCCUGAAGCUAGUGAAUGAAUAUCAUCCAUUCCUAGCUUGGGAAGAAUCUCUUGUAGCUAUGUGCCUGAGACGCCUUUGGUGACCAUAACUGCUAACUGAUUUUUGGUUGAAAUGUAUGGUAUACAAAUCACAUUUGUCUCAAGCUUUUCUUUGAUUAAAUGCUGAUCAAUCUCCACAUGUUUGGUACGAUCAUGUUGUAUUGGAUUAUGUACCACAUUGAUUACUGACUUAUUAUCACGAUAAAUCUUCAUAGGGCCUGAUAGAGGAAUAUGUAGUCAUCAAAUAAAUUUCUCACUCAUAGCCGUUCACAGACCCCUUGAGCAAAUGCUCUGAGUUCUACUUUAGCACUUGAAUGGGCUACCACGUUCUGUUUUUUACUUCUCCAAGUAACAAGAUUACCAUCAAUAAAUGUGAGAUGACCAGAAGUUGAUUUCUGGUCAAUCAUUGACCCAACAUAAUCAACAUCUAUAAACAUUUCGAUAUUUACCUCCUCACUGUGUUUAAAUAGGACUCCUUUGCCGGGUGUGCCCUUUAAGUAAUAGCACUCUAUAUGCUGCAUAUAAAUGGGUCUCUUUCGACUGAUGUGUACAUUGACUCAAGAUACUCACUCCAUAUGAGAUGUCUAGUCGACUAUGUGUUAAAUAGAGUAAAUGACCAAUAAGCCUUUGAUACAUCUCACGAUCAACUAUAACUUCUCCCUCCAUACAAAAUUUGUGAUUCAGAUCAAUCGGUGUAGUAGCUGGUUUACUUGUAGAUUUUCCAUAGAGAGACUUUUUAAAUUUACAAACAAUAUUAGAAGAGAGAUUACCCUCAUAACCUGGUGGUAGUGUCAUAUACACCUCUUCCAUAAGAUCACCAUGCAACAAUACAUUUUUAACGUCAUAUUGUUGAAUAUCCCAACUGAAAAUCACAACUAGAGACAAUAAAAAAUAGACAGUAUCCAUUUUUGCCACCGACCUGUGUGCAACCUUUAGACUUGUGUCUUGACAAUAAAAAAUAGUCUCUUGAUAAUCAAUGCUGUAGACUUGUGUAACCUUUAGCAACUAAUUUGGCUUUUUACUGCUCAAUUGAACCAUCAUAAUUGUAUUUCAUGGUAUACACCAACUUACAAUCACCCGUUUUCUUAUUCAAUGGUAAUGCUACUAAAUCCUGAGUUUCAUUUUUCUUAAGAGCCCUCAUUUCGUCGUCCAUGGCUUGCUUCCACUUCAAAUUGGAUAGAGCUUCAGAGAUAUUCUAGUACAUUGUCUGAUGGGUUUUCGCAAGGCAAUUGGAAGCGAGUCACACUGCAGGUUUGGCUGAUCAUUAGCGAUGGAGAAGUAGAUGUUUGGACAUUUUCUAAGGCCUCAUUAGAAUCUUAGUCAUUUUGUGAAUCAUGAAUGUCACCUCUCCUAGAGUAUAUUUUGCCAAACCUCAAAUUUUCAGGAAGUGGAUCUGGGGUAGAAUGAGAUAUUUCAGGAGUUGAAAUAUGAAUGAAUAGUAGACUUGCAGAUGAUGAGAGGAUUCAUGUAGAACAAUAUGAUUGGAGACAAUAUAGGUUGUUCAUCAGAUGACGACUUGUUGAAGUAAGGUACUGAUUCAUGAAAUGUUGCUUCCAUAGAAGUAAAAAAAAAUUCUAGAUGGAGGGUGGUAACAUUUAUACCCUUUUUGAUUAAUAGCAUAACCAAGAAAUAUACAUUUAAGUGAUGUUGGUGCGAGUUUUCCUUUAUUCUGAGUGUGAUCGUAAACAAAAGAAACACACCCAAAUAUUCUUGGUUUUAUUUUAGUGUUAAUUUGGUGGUGCGAGAAAAAAUGGGCUAAGGAAUCUAUAGGACUGUGGAAGUCUAAGAUUCGAGAAGGCAUUCGGUUAAUGAGGUAUGUGGCUGUGAGGCUACCCUCUCCCCAAAAAAUAUUUGGCGCAUGAUGUUGAAAUAGGAUAGAUCUAGCUACCUCUAAAAAUAUGCCUAUUUUUCCUUUCGGCUAGACCAUUUUGCUGCGGAGUAUACACACAAGAAGAUUCGUAUAUAAUUUCCUUUGCUUUGAAGAACUUUGACUAAAAUAUUCUUUAGCAUUGUCGGAUCUAAAUUUUUUGAUACUUGUACCAAAUUGAUUUUUAUCAUGGUACAAAAGAAUUUAAUAACAUCACACACAUCAGACUUUUGUUUUAGAAGAAAUACCCACAUGCAUUUUGUGCAAUUAUCAAUGAAAGUAAAAAACCAUUUAUUACCAUGAAUAUCGUUGAUGGGACAUGGUCCCCAAAUGUCAUUAUGAAUUCGGAAGAAAAAAAAUUCACUCCUUUCUCCUUGAGAGUGAAAUGACACGUGUGUGUUUAGAAAAUUCACACACAUUAAGUUUGAGAGUGCUGAAAGACACUCUUUGAAACAAAGAAGGAAAAACAAUCUUUAAGGUACUAACGAGGGAUGACCCAUCCUUUGAUGAAGUAGACAAAUCUUAUUGACAGCUUUUAGAGGUUUUAUGGAUUGAUCCGUUUUCAUGAUAUACGUUUGGCUCAGUCCUUCUAGAAGAUAUAGUCCAUCACGUUCUUUAGCAACUCCAAUCCUCUGAUGAUGUUCCUUAUCAAAUAUUACACAAAUAUCUUCGUCAAAGAAGGCAUGGUAAAAGGAAUCUCUCACAAGUUUCUUAACAGAAAUAAGGUUUGUAAAUAAUUUAGGAAUAUGAAGAACAUUAGGAAGAAUGCCAAGGGGUUCAAGUCGAAGGUCUUCUAUACCUGCAACAGUUAGAAAAUAUCCAUCUGCAGUUGUGACUUUUCUAUCACUAAGACAAGUGUUGUAAUUGGUGAAAUAGUGAGAAGAAUUAGUCAUGUGGUCCGUUUCCUGUGAGUCCACUACCCAGGAGUUAGAAAUAUCUCUAGAAGAAGCUUUAAUUUCGAAAGAGUGAUGACGCUUACCCUGCGAGACUGGUGAGUGUUAUGUCACCGUCGACUUCAAUUGUUCCAAUUCAGCUUGAAGUCAUUCUAUAUCAUUUAUAUGAAAUGGUUGGGUUGAUUUUGUUUGAAAUCUAACAGCUGAUUAAUAGGUAAAUUUGCUGUAAAAUAUACUUGGCUACCAUAUUUUUCAUUAUUGAAAUAUGGUGAUUUGGCAUGUAACUUGUAGCAUAUAUCUCGUGUGAUGUAUUUUUCUGCAAUACGUACACCAUAGGUUGUCUCUAAAGUCAGUUUUCUAGUUCCUCUCUUGACCAUGUUGAGAUGGUUUCGCCUGAUCAGCAGUCUUUUUCAUAGUUUCACCUUGUUUAACCACAAAUGCAGAAUUAUUAGUUUUUGGAACUGACAUCAUCGAUUUCUGGCGACUUUCUUCAUUUAAGAUAAUCAAAAUAGCUUCAUCUAAAUCAGUUUUCUUCUCACAGUCCAAUAUCUAUUGUCUAACCUGAUCAAACACAGAAUUAAGUCCAUCCAAGAAUUUAAACACUCUCCAUCUAUCUAUAAAAUUUCGUAAUGCAACAAUUCCAACAGAUUUUUCAGUAUCAAGACUAAGAUAAUAGUCAAGUUCCUACCAUAAAUUCUUUAGCUCUCCUGCAUACUCACUCCAUCACUGAUUUACUCCCGUACAUUGUGGACAUUAAUUUUGUCUUAAGUCCAUAUAUAUGACCCUCAUUAUUUUUCUGUGAGAAUUUGGUAUGAACCAUCUCCCAUAAGUCCUCGACCGUGGCUAAGAAGAAAAAAUCAUGGCUAAUUUGGGGAAUCAUUGUUCCCCACAGCCAAGUUUUAAUUAGGGCGUCCUCUUCUCUCCAUCUUCAAAAUUCUGAUGACAUUGAGUCUGAUUUCCCCUCUAUCAAGUGGUGUACCAUGCCUUUUUCAGUCAAUACUUCACAAAUAUAUUCUGACCAUUGAAUCAUAUUAUAUCUGGUUAGCUUGAACUCUUAAGGGAUUGCAGGAAGUUCUAGUAAUAUUCUUGUGCCUCCAAGAACAAGAUUAACCUCUCUCGUUGAAGUAGAAUCUCUUCUAGAAGAUGAAGCAACAUCUCCUAUAUUUUAAGGAAAUAACAAUUGACUUCACGGAAAACUGAUUUUGUGAACAAGUCUCAAACAUAUAUAUUCAAAGAACAAUACAAAGACCGUAAUAGUAGAAUCAAUAAGUGUGGAAACGAAUUACAGUGAUCGCACCUGGAUUCGCUCUUUGGAGACAUUACAGAGAUGAUGCGUCCCUUGCCAUACGGGCAUGAUACCAACAGAUCCAACAGAAGUGGAACGUCCCUUUUAGAUGAACACAUAACGUCAAGGGAGGGAUUUGAGAUCCUAAUCUUGCUCUGAUACCAUGUAGAAUGGUAUGGUCCUCUAUUUGGUGUGCCACCAGAUCCUGAAGCACCCUUGGAGAGGAGGAAGAAUUUUUAUUCAAUGAGAAGCAAGAAUCCGUUUUACAAGAGGGAUGGGGUCCAGUAUCUAUGCCAGACCUUCGAGAGUUUUAGACAUAGAUGCAAACACUGAAGGGCAUAUCUACCAACUUGAAAAAUACAAGGUUUAUUUGUUAAGUUCUCUUGACAACACGAAAAAGAAGACUCUCUUUCCCAUUAAUUUUCUCCAUCUUUAUCACCAAUCUGAUGAUUGUGAAGGAUUCUUGAGAGCUUUGCACUGUAUAAGUCAGCCAUACCUUUUUUUGCUUUCACUGGUUGUUAUAGUUGCAUGGGCAGAAAAUGUAGGAGGUUUUGUAUCAUUGUCAAGUGGGUUUUAAAAAAUGGUACUGUUGCAUAGCGCAAUUUAGUGUGUCAAAGAGGGAAGAAUUCCAUAAAAGUUAGACAUUUGUUGUCCUUUCUUAAACUUUGCAAAAGAUUCCAACUGAAGAAGGGAAGAUUCUCCAGCUCUGUCUGAAAUGUCCAAAAGACAGGUUUUCUUUUGUCCUCCUUAGAUUCCUGAAGUUGUAAAAGAGUUGGCGCUGUGCAGGUUUGAACCAUUAUAUGAGUAACAAGAGGAUUCAAAAGAUGGAUGAAUUUGGUUUCCUGUUCUGUUAUUAUUUGGCAUAUGAGCAGACCAAAAAUAUCAUUGACUCUGUCGAUUUCCUAAUAGCUCAUACGGUUCUGUUACAGAGGAUAAUGCUUUUGAUUUGUAUCGUCUCUAAUUCCUUUUGACAUUUCUGGGAAUAAUAUGUGAAUCCUAUCUUUGAUACCAAUUUUGGACUGGUCUGACUUGUUAGUGAGCUAAAUAAUGUGCAGAAUAAAAAAUAACUAAUUUAUAAAAAUAGCAGAGAACCUUUUCUCAUAGAAAAUGAUUAGCAAGUCAGAGAUGUUCAGUGUAUAUAAGUAGUAUGAUUGAGACGAAUACUGGAUUUGCAGUUCUGUUUAAAAUGCUUGAAUUGUUUUUAUUUUAAAUACAUGGGAAGAUUAUCGGCCUUAGUCAACAAAGUGGAUAAAGAUCUGGGAACCUUUUUUUAUCGGCCUUAGUCAACAAGCAUUCUUUAAAAUUGGCCUCACUUUGGAUAAAGAUUUCUUUUGGGAAGGGAAGUUAAGUAGGCAUCUCUUUUUACACCAUGAAAGUUUGGGGCGACCUUUUUUUCCAACUUCUUUUCACAAAGUGCCAGUUUACCUACUUGACCAAAGGACCAUAGUAUGAGCGCCUGCUUGUACAUACGAACUACACUUCUUGGUCCUCCAGCAACAACCGUCUCAAGUGUUUCCUCAUGCUUCUAUUGCAUGAGUGGACCAGGGAGAAUGAUGCAGGUAAUCUGUGUUCGCCUGUCACUGCCUAGAAUUUGGAUUGGUUUCCAGGAUGGCCCUACUGUCAGAAUUUAAACUUUAUAUUCCACUAUUGCCAUUAAACUUUAAUUUGAAUCUGCUUGCCUGGGUGCACCAGGGAUGGAUAUUUGGUUAGAAGUAAAGAGAGGUCUUUUGAGAAAUGGCCUUUCUUCUGCUCGAGUGAUUGUAUUUGCGUUGGACACUUAGACGACGUAAUCCCAUAUUCAUAAACAUCCAUGUAUAUAUUACUUGUGACUUUGCCUGGUCAUAACUCACGUAUCAAUUGCUCACCUUCUAGAUCUACCAUAUCUGGAUAGAUUGGUUCUACAUUAGGCUAAAUGUGUGACACGCUAUCAGUCCAAUACCGUGCAGGAAUAGCUAGGGGUCUUAGGCGCAAAUCUAUGAAAGUAUAACUCCAAGGAAAUAUCUGGGACUUCUUAGGGUUAAUUUGGUUUUGGAUAUAUGUUUCACAUAACUAUGUUCUUAUACUCGUGGCAUGUCUUCCAUGUUUACUUUUGGAGCUGUUAUUCGGUAAUUCUAAUCAUUUCUUUUGUUCUGUUAUAUAUUUUGCAGACUUAUAAUGAAGUUCAAUGUUGUUUUCUUGUCAUUGGUUCUGUGUAUCCUGAAGACCUUUUUCUAUUUCUUCUGGAUGUAAGUGUGAUUCUUAGAGGUAUUAUGUAUAUAUUAUUCCAUCAAAUUUUGCUUGUACUUUACUUCAAUUUGUGUUUGAUUAAAUUUUUGAUGAAAUAAGCUUUCUUAUAUUCUAGGCAUGAGAAAAAAGACCUCAUUUAUGUUGGUAAACAUUUGGUGCCUCUACACCUGCCAUUCAAUAUUUAGUUAGGGUUCGGGCAUGAACUCUCUGAGGUUAAUGUCACAUUCAGCUGUGGAACUUGCUCAAAUAUUUUGAAUUUUUUUUAGAUAACCAAUGAACUUAAACCAUAUUUUAUUACAGAGUUUUGGAGUUUUGUUCAACAAAGUUGCCAAAUAUGUUACGUUUGAAAAGCUAUCAAAUAUAUUAUUUUGGAAUCAAAUGGCCUUCAUCUCAUAAAAUUAUCAAAUAGGAUUUAUUCUGUCGAGUUCAAAGUGAACUUCAUGUUAGGAACUAUCUAGCGUUUUCGAUAUAUAUCUAGAUUUGUACAUUAACCAAUAGGAAAUGAUUUUUUAUAUCUGUGAAGUCGUUUUUAUGAUAUUUAUCAGUGUUCCUUUGAGAGAAGGAUGCAAUGAAUGUUGACUUUGCUUAGUAGGGAUGACCAAAAUUUAAAUAUACCUGAAUAGUCCAAUCAUAAUUGAACUUUAAACAUUCUCAUAAGAAAAAAAUAUAUCUCAUAUGUACUACAGAGACAAAAUAUAAUAAAUUAGAAAGAAACAAUCGAAUUCCAAUGCAAGACUAGAAAGAUUUUUCAUUUAGUUUAUAAAUGGUCUACCUAAAAAAAGCUUUUGGAACAAGUAGACAAUGGAGAAAAAACUUGACAUGAAUGGAUUCUUUGCCAGACUUAGUUAGCUGUUCCUUAUGAUGAUAGUUCUUUGACUAUGCAUAAACAUCUGUGGUGAUGUCUAUUUAUUUCUUUUCCUUUAUCUUUAUUUGGGAACUGUUCUUAGUGAAAGGAGGAAAUGGUACUGAACACUAAAAGUAUGGGAAAAGUUUUAAUGGAAGCUUAUUUUCAGUCACCAUUUAAAAUGGCACCACUUUCCUUUUCAUCUCGUUUUCUAAGUGAUAAUGAUUCUUAUUGUUUAUGAACCAGAAAUGCCAGCAGAAAGAUGAAGCUUUGAUAGUGGGAGCUCUUUGUGUCCUAAAGCAUCUUCUCCCCAGGUUCUCCUUUUUCUUUGUUUUUGUUGACUUCUUCUAAUUUCUCAGCAGAGUUUUUGUGUUCUCUCUCAUCGUAGUGAUCGUUUUUUCCAUUUUCCCAUCUUUUGCUGUAUAGAAGACUGGUAUUUACAUUUUGAUGCACUUGGCUCUACGUUAUGAAAUCAUCUGUCCGUUUGCAGGUUGGCUGAGGCCUGGCAUAUCAAAAGAACAUUGCUUGUUGACACUGCAAAAUCUUUGCUGGGUGAGCAUAGCCUUGGUGUUCAGAAAGCACUUGCGGAGGUACCAAUUAUAUUGUCUGUCUCCCUCAUGCUCUCUCCACUGUUCCCCCAUGAUUUUCUUUUCGAAUUAAUCUAUUAUAUAGGAGGGAAAAUGAAUGAUUUCUUUGGAAAUUACCAAGAUCGUUACUGUACAGUUAAACUAAUUUACAAAUCAUUGAUGUCUAGAACUAAUAUGAGAUCAUGCUAAGGGCUCAAUACACACCCAAAUAAGAGUCCUGUAAAUCAGAUUAUGCACUUUCUCCGCUUAUUCUUACCAACCUUUUGUCUAAACCUUCCAAGUGGAUAAUCCUUCAACGACAGCCGUUCUGUAUUUAGGUCAUGUAAUUCUACAAUGUGAAUAUUGCUGGCUCUAAUUUUUUGGCAUGUUAUCAAUUCAUAAUGAUAUUAUUAUGAAUAUUGCGGAAUAACUUUGAGUUAUCAGCUGUUGGUCAAGGGAACCGUCCAGAGAAACAAAGUUUCAUGAAAAGAGUUGAUUUUAAUCCUACAAUUCUUGCAAAAUUUUCCCGCAGAGCCCUUGUCAAAAGUCACAUCGCGUCUAGCGAGGCUUUUCUGAAAGUUCCAUACGUAAGGUUCCAUAUCCCCAGAUCUCCUGAAUGAAUUAUAGUAUGCUCUUUUUGAGGAUACUGGCUAGGAAAAAUUAGCUGUCAUUCAUAAUCUAGGGCAAAGUUCUUGUCCUUUUGUGUGCUUUUUGUUUAACUCAUCCAAAUGGAUAUCAGUCUGAAAUCGGUCAUUCUCACAAUGCUGCUAUUAGUCCAUUAUUGUCUUCUUUCCUUCUUUGGAAAUCUCUUUCAGGUAUCUUUGCUUACAUAAUUUCAAUAGCAGUGGGAUGGACAUGUCUUUACGCUGACACUCAUAUUUCCUGGCAGCUGAUUGUUGUUAUGGCCUCGCAUUGUUACCUGGGUGGUCAAUCGGGAGAAUUGUUUAUUGAAUUCCUGGUUCGACAUUGUGCAAUAUCAGAUGAGGAAGUGAAAAAUUUUCAAGCAUCCAAUAAAGAACUCCAGAAAAGUAACUCUUUUCUGCACUUUCAGUACAAGAAACUCGAGGUUCUUGAUAAUAUUGCUGCAAGACUACAUCCUUGUCAUGUUUUCGGAUCUGCAACAUUGUUUUUCAUAUUAUUGAUGCUAUUCAGGUAAAGUUGGGACCCAUUUCUCCGGCAGAAUUGAGAGACAUAUGUGAAAAGGGCCUACUCUUGAUUGCAAUCACUAUUCCUGAGAUGGAGGUAAACAUUUUGGUCUCGUACUGGAAAACAGUUAAGGAUAUUGAUUUCAUAAAUUUUCCUUGUUAUCUGUGAAAUGAUUCAGAAUAUGUACUGAAUCUUGUUUUUACACCAUUUCACUGGGAUUCAAAAUUUUGCAGCAUGUGCUUUGGCCUUUCUUGUUGAAGUUGAUCAUUCCGAGAAAAUACACUGGUGCAGUUGCUGUGGUAGAGGAUCCUCAGCAAUUUUAUCUGCAUAUUCUAUUCUCGUUUUAUGGCUAUCAUAUAUGUUAUCUCUUAUUCUCAUUUUUUUAGGUCUGCAAAUGCAUAUCAGAAUUGUGCCGUCGUAGAUCAUCACAAACCAAUUCAACGCUCACAGAUUUAAGUGCUCAUACAGAUAUGCCCAGCUCCGUGGUAAGUUUAUUUCCUUUUUUAUUUGUCUACCUGUGUAAUCCGAAUCAUAAAUUGUUUCUUUAUUGAUGGACAAACAUCAAGAGCAGGAUCUAUUUGCACGGUUGGUGGUUCUUUUGCACAAUCCUCUUGCUAGGGAGCAGUUGCCAUCCCAGAUCUUGACGGUUUGUGCUUCUGUUCGAUUUUUGAUUUUCUAUCUUUUAGUAAAUGCUUACCUUACUUUCCUUGUCUUAAAAAGAUUAUUUUGAUUUGACAACUAUAUAAAAGACAUGCUUGUAUCUCGUCACCCAUAGAUUAUGCAUUUAUUUUCUCGGCAACCAUCUCGUGACAAAAUUUCAUGUGUACUUUCUUUCUGCAUUUCUUCACUCUAUUCACUGUGUGAAGAAUGCUUGUAUUAAAUGGUCAUAGGCUUCUAUGUUAUGAGUUCAUGAAGGUUUUGAGUCAAAUGUUAAUGAAACUUUAGAUAUAUGUGAGGACUUCUGUCACUGGAAGCUUGUUUGGUGUAUGUUUCUUGAAACCUGAGUGGAUUUUUUUGGAAAUGGUCGUAAGUUACUAUGAGUUGUUUGCAUGACCAAUUCCUUAAUCGCUUCUUUUUUGGAGCAUUUUAAAGGAAAUCAGUCCUUUUCCAUUUGUCUAUAUCGAUUGUGAUUUGUAUCCAUGGAUCCUGAACCCAACAACCGGAUCCUUAGUUGUCUUUUUUACCUUGUCUGCUAUACUCGUGCAUGGUUACAACAGACGAAGUAUUUUGGCCAUUUGAAUCUCUGAGGAAAUAAAGUCCCCAUAUCUUGUGUGGUGUUUGUGUGUGACAAACAUACUCUCUAGAAUUGCAUCCCCCAAUGUAGGGUUUCCAUGCAUCUCCCUUUGUUCCUGUCUCUUCCUACUCAUCCUUGUCCUCUCUGUCCCUUUUGAGUGUGAGAAAGUGAUAAGAACCCAUAUCAAAGAACUACGAAUAAUUCAUGUUAGAUGAAAGAAACAAUCUCUAGAUGGAGGGUCGCAUACAGCCCUAGAACCCAGAAUAGAUGGAGUGUCGCAUACAAUCCUCCAACCCUUUCUCGUAGAUGCAUGAGAUACUAACUCCGAUUUCUCCUCCCCCUCUCCUUCCUGAUCCGCCCCUCUUUAUAUCCUCUCCUUUCCCUCUCUUAUUUAGGCAGUUUGUCUCCUGCCAUAAUCCCUCUUGCCAUAACCGCUCUUUGCCAUAACUGCUUCUUGUCAUAUUGUUCCUUGCCGUAAUUGUGCCUUCCCUCAAUGGUGCUAACCGUUAUUGACUUAUUGGGCUUUGGGCCUUCUUCCUUCUAGCAUAUGUGCGUGGAGCCUUAUCAAUACUCCCUCCCAUGAGCUUCACCUUAUCCUCAAGGUGGAAGUUUGGAAAUUGUUGGUGGAGGGAUGAAGUUAGUUCCCACGUAGCUUCAAAAUUAGGGAGAUCAGCCCAUUUGACCAAGACUUCUUGUCAAAAGAGGAAUUCCGAAUGGCUAGGAGAUCUUGGGGGGUCACAUUCCAUUCCAAAGCAUCAAUUAGUAUGUCUAGAAUGGGUUGACAGUAAAUAGAAUUCCCUAGUGCAUUGCAAAGUUGAGAAAUGUGAAAAAUUGGGUGAAUAGUUAUGGAGUUGAGAAGUUCCAGUUUGUAUGCCACUUGGCCAAUGCACUCUUGGAUAAGGUAAGGGCGGGAAAAUCUCGGACUCAAUUUUUCAUUAGCUUUCUUGGCUAUUUCAUACAAUAAGGUCGGAGCCUGAUAUCAACCAAAUCUCUCACUUGAAACUCUGUCUCUUCGAUGUUUGUCAGCUUAUGCUUUCAUCUUGUACUGUGUGGCCAAGAGAUGUUCCUUGAGAAGUUGAAGUGUAUCAUCCCUUUCUUUUAGAUAAGUGUCGACUACAUCAAUUAGUGACAUAGGAGAUCCAUAACGUGUAAGUGUGGGAGGGUCCCGUCCAUACACUGCUUUAAAAGGGGUCAUCUUGAUGGUAGAAUGAUGAGAAGUGUUGUAACUAAGUUCCGCCCAAUGUAACCAGUCACUCCAUAACUUAGGUUUAUCAUAAGUAAAGCAUCCGAGAUAAUUCUCUAAGCUUCGGUUCACCAUCUCUGUUUGCCCAUCUGUUUGUGAGUGAUAAGAAGAACUCAUUUUCAAUUCUGUGCCUUGAAGUUUGUUGAGUGCUUUCCUAAAAGCACUGGUAAAUACAGUCCCUCUGUCAGUCACAAUAGAUCUUGGAAUGCCACGCAGCUUGAUGACUUUCUUUGCAAAGAUUUGAGUAAUGUCUUUGGCUGUGAAUGAAUGUCUGAGGGGUAUAAAGUGACCAAAUUUGCUGUCUGUCCACUAUAACGAGAAUGGAGUCAUAGCCUUUAGAUUUAGGUUGGUCCUGUGUGAAAUCCAUGGAGAGGACUUCCCAUAUCAUAUUCGGAAUAGGCAGAGGCUGCAAAAGUCCUAUUGGUGACAAGGUUGAAACCUUAUUCAAUUGGUAGAUAGUGCAUUCAUUAAUAUGUUGUUUGAUCCUUUUCUUCAAGCCAGCCCAAUAUACAUGCUGGGCAAUUCGUCAGUAGGUUUUUAAAAGCCAACAUGACCCCCCAAUGGGCUGUCAUGAAAUUCACGUAGUAAUGUGGAGAGAAGAGUAGAUGUGAGGGGUAACACCCACCUGUCUUUGUAGAGAAGUGAUCUUUGUUGAAUUGAGUAAUGUGGGAAAGAAGUUGAGCCUUCUAUGAGUGUGUCUUUGUAAAGCACCAGUUCUUUGUUGAUUGUGGUUACAUCCACUCCUUGUGCAGUGCACAUGGGUGCCACCACUACCUUGCUCAAUUGUGGUGCUCUAGAUAGUGCAUCUGCAGUUUCAUUCUUCUUGCCUUCCUUGUAUUGUAUCUGAAAAUUAAAUCCCAUUAGUUUAGUGAUCCAUUUGUGAUAUUCUGAGUGAAUCUCCUUUUGGCCGAAUAGGAAUUUCAAACUAUAUUGGUUUGUCCGAAUGAUGAAAGGGUGGAGCAUGAGAUAAUGCCUUCAUUUCUUUACUGCCAUCACAAUGGCAAUGAGUUCUCUCUCAUAGGUGGAAGGUGGACUUUAGACGAGACUGUUCCUUGAAACCAUGGCUGAAAUAAGUUACUGGUCGUCCUUCCUGCAUCAAUAUUGCACCUAUGCUAUGCCCUGAAGCAUCUGUUUCAACUACGAAUUUCUGAGAGAAAUUAGGCAGGGCCAAAACUAGUGUGAAAAUCAUCGCCACCUUUAGUUUAUGGAAAGCUUCUUGAGCAUCAGAGUCCCAAUGAAAAUAAUUUUUCUUGAGCAAUCCAGUCAGAGGCUAUGAUAAAGUAGUAUAACAUUUGACAAAUCGGCGAUAAUAGCCAGUUAGUCUUAAGAACCUUGUAAUGCUUUCAAAUUCUUAAGAGUAGGCCAGUCCCAUAUUGCUGAAUUUUUUUCUUGAUAUGUAGAUACUCCUGCAGAAAUCCAAUGGCCGAGGUAUUCAAAUUGAGAUUACUUGAAUUUACAUUUUUUUUCAUUGACAUAAAGGCUAUUAGCUGCAAGAAUUAAGGAAGACAUUAUCCAAAUGUUCAUCAUGUUCAUCAUGUUUUUUUCUUUAUGACAGUUGGUGUAAUUCUACUGCACAUAUGUGGCUUCUUUUUAAUUCACGUUCUACUACUUUGAAAGAUAUUGUUGUUUUGUUUAAACUUGCAUCCCCACGAAUGGUGUAGAUCGUGUUGUUGAGCAUAAAUUUCAUGAUAUUAAUUGCCCACAAUGUGAAUGUAUCCACCCGUGUUUUAAGCCACUGCAUUCCUAGUAUGACAUCUGUGCUACUCAAAUCCAAGGGAAGAAAAUCUUGAAUAAUGAAGAGAUCUUGGAUUUUGAGUGGAAUGUUAUGGCAUAUUCUAUGACCUUGCACAGUAUGCUCAUUGCCCAUCACAAUACCAUAGUUGUGGAAUUCGCUGACAGGUAAAGAUAGCUCUUCCUACAGCUUACUGCAUAUGAAAUUGUGGGUAGCACCAAUAUCUAUAAAAAUAGUUACCUGUUGAUUAUGCAUGAUGCCUUUUACCUUCAUAGUCUUAUGCUGCUGAGUCAAUCUCAUGAUAGAGUUUAAUGAGACAUAGGUUGUGAAUAGAGUACCUUCCUCUUGUGAGCAAUGCUCUAGUGGAGCCCAAUCUUCCUCUUGGAAGUCUUCUUGGGACUUCUCCUCCUCUUGAACAAUGAGUAUAUUAAGGGCCCGCCUGCAUUUGUGGCCUGGUCCAAACCUGUCAUUAGAAUAGGAACAUAAUCCUUUGUUCCGUCUUCCUUAUAGUUUAGUUUCUGUCAAUUAUAUCUGUCUUCUAUUUUCCUUGUUAUUGCUCAUAUUUCGUGGAGAAUAUGUGGACAUCCCAUCCUUAUUUGAGGCACUAGCUGUGGUCACUUGGGUUUUCUCCGAAUUAGAUUGCUCAUUUCUGAAAUUAGAUAUCAGAUGAAGCCUUUGUUGGUGCGAAGUAUAAGCAGCUAUGACAUGUUUGGGUGGUCGUGGUUGUUCCUUCUUCCAUGCUUGCCAUAGAGUACGAAUAUGAGCUUCAGCCUGUAUUGAAGUAUCCAUAAUUUCACAUGACCCAAUAGGCCUGGACAUAGAUAAUUCUGAUUGGAUCUCAGGCUUGAGUCCUUUUAGAUAUUUAUGCUCCAGUUUUUCUAUUGGUAUGUUCAGAAGAUAGAUUGAGAGUCAUUCAAACUCUGCCCUACAUUCCAAUAUGGAACUCUCUUGUUUUAGGUUCAAAAGUUUAUGAUACGUGUUGUUAGCUAUUGAUGAACUAAAUCGACCACAAAGUUGGAUUUUAAAGUCAUACCAGUCACGGAAUGAAAAACGAUCUUCCAUCCAUAGAUACCAAUCCAGGGCAUCACCCUCCAUGCUCAGCAUUAUUGUUUCUAAACAAUCGUGUUCUGGUGUUUGGUUAAUACGAAAAUACCUCUCAGCCCGUCGUAACCAUUCAUCUGGACUAUCGUUAGUGAAAUUUGGAAGGUCAGUCCGGCUGUUGGGCUUGUAAUUGCCCUCCCUCUGCUCCGGAUUUUGAAGUGGGUGUUGUUCUGGUUGUCUCUGAGACCGCUCCAGUGGAGGUUCAUGUGGUUCGCGUGUCAUCAAGGUUGCUAGUUGUUGAGUGAGUUGUUGUAACAUUUCUUUUGUACCCCUAUUGUCUUCCUUAAGAGCUUCGAGAUCAGCUUCCAAAGAUUCCAUCCUUGUUUGGCUCAGAUACCAGUGAUAAGAACCUAGAUCAAAGAACUACGAAUAAUUCGUAUUAGAUGAAAGAAACAAUCUCUAGAGUAGAAAUACCAAAGAUAAAACAUAGUAAAAGAACCCAGAACAGAUAAAGGGUCACAUACAACCCUAGAACCCAGAAUAGAUGGAGGGUUGCAUACAACCCUCCAACCCUUUCUCGUAGAUGCAUGAGAUACUAACACUGAUUUCUCCUCCCCCUCUCCUUCCUGAUUCGUUCUUCUUUAUAUCCUCUCCUUUCCCUCUCUUAUUUAGGCAGUUUGUCUCCUGUCAUAAUCACUCUUGUCAUAACCGCUCUUUGCCAUAACUGCUCCUUGUCAUAUUGUUCCUUGCCAUAACUGUGCCUUCCCUCAACAAUGCUAACCGUUAUUGACUUAUUAGGCUUUGGGCCUUCUUCCUUCUAGCAUAUGUGCAUGGAGCCUUAUCAAAAAGCAACCAAAUCAACACUAUAUGCUUUUGAUGGCUCCAGUUGUCAAGAAAUUAUUUUUGUGUGGUUCUUUUUGGACAGUUCUUUUAGGAGAGAACCAAAACACUAUUCUAUCCAUUUAUCAUAUGCCCCAACUCUUGCUUGCAUUGUAAAGUUAGUUUUAUGUACAAUAUAUUUGACUGGACGAAAUUCUCCAUUUCUCAUAGGUAUGUUAUAUGGUCCUCUUUUACUUCUGUUCAUCUUUGUUUAGUCUUUAUCCAGGUUCAAUAAACUUCUAAAAGAUAAGUAUGCAAUGUUGAUUAAUGUGUGUGUGUGUGUGUAUGAGAGAGAAAGAGAGAGAGAGAGAGAACUUUGUUCGUGGAUUAUCUGAAGAUAGAAAGGCAGCAUUAUCUCUGCUCUUUUUUACUGGGGUUGGAGACUGUUACUUGUGCCAAGCGUAAUAUCACAAGCAGAGAAACCAUAAUCUCGAACAGAAGGGUGGCAAAAUAGUACACGCCUUACUUGAUUAACAUUUGGGUCUGUUAUUUAUACCCGGCUCAUAGUACAGGGGUUGAACCGGACCGGUCUAAUCCGGUUUGACAUUGAAGUAAUAAAGAAAUAUUAAAAUAAAGGAAGAAAAACAACAGCAACUUUUUCUGACAACUAGGAUGUCGAUUUGCAUGUGCUAAAAUUCCUAGAGAUUCUAAUGAAAUUUCUUUGGAUUCUUCUUGGACGUGCUAGUCGUCCCAAUAUCAAAAAGUAUUUUCUAAUAUAAUAACUGUCAGAAAGAGUUAUUAGAUGCCUGUCUAUUUUUUGUCAUUGAACAUUGUCACUUUAGACAACAAGCGGGGCUUCUGUUCCAUAGGAGCUCCGGCGAUUUUUGAAGUUGAUUGUUGCCUUGCUUAAUUUUUUCCAGUUUAUUUAGAUUAUGAACAUCAGAUGCCAUACCUUGAUUUUCUGAAGCAAGGUUUGUUGCUGACUUAAUUUUUAUCGUUGUGGUAACUAUAUUAUUUCUUAAAACGGAUUUUGGAAGUGUUUCUACUUCUUUCUUAAUUAAACUGUUAUUUUUCUGCAGGUUUUGUGUCUCCUAGGACCACUCUUCCCUAAGAACAUGAGCUUGUUUUGGCAAGAUGAGGUAGUAGAAUAGUACAAUAUGCUUCAUUAGAAUGUUUUUCAGCAGACAGAUACAAAUUAGAUUCAAGCUGUUAUGCCCACAUCGUGUUGUUUUCUGAUAAUUACUCUUCUGUGGUACGCUCAUCAUUUUAGUUCAAAAAGUAGGAUUGUGCAUGUUUCGUUUGGUAGCGUAGUAAAUGAUCACUGCCAUAUCUACUGGUGACCGGUGUGUACCUGUAAAAAUGAGUACUGUCACCCUUGAACCAGGAAAAUUCACUUGACAUGAGUUAAUAUAUGAUUUGAAUUUGGUAUCGUUAUAUGCUCUCUUAAUCUAUAAUGCUAUAACUAUUACGAUAAUUUUAUUUUACGGUUUUACAAUUAUGCCAAAUGCAUUUGCGUACAUAACUAUGGUUUUUUUGCGAUUUUAUGGAAUUGUUCAGAAUUAAUUAACUUUAGAGUAGGAUAUUGACUUAAUGGUAGUCACCAUCAUUAUCUAUCAAGUCCCAACUAACUGCGAUUGAGGAAUGGAUCCAAUCCCGUAGUUGCAUUAUAGAAUAUACCAUUUUUAUAUUCCACACGCAUGAAUUUACAUCCUUAUUUCUUGUUUCCAUCAAUUUCGUUUCAUUAUCGUAAUUUCCUUUAAAAGCCUUCUAGAAUUGACGAUCAUAGCUUAGUAGAUGCAUUUCCUUUUGUAGUCUAAUCAUAUUUCUUGUAUUCCCACAAUUUCUUUGACAAAUCUAUUUGCCUUCCUUUGUCUUCUCAUGUCCUUUUUGACAAGAUGAGAGAGGACCAAGCGAGAAUUGGACAACAUUAAUGAGUUUUAAUGCUCUUUUCAGGAUCUUCAAAGUUUCUUUAUAUAGAUUUCAUAUAAAAGAGGACAAGUGACUUUAUUUAGAAGAAGGGAGAAGCGCAAUAUAGUUGGAUUCUGACUAUAGGAGACAACUCUAUCCUAAAAGGAAAAAUAAAAAAUAAGGAAACAAGUAGUUGCUCAAUAUUGAGAAUAGUAUCUCUAUUCUAUCCCAUAUUUCACGGGACGCACCUGUCACUCCCCCACAGAAUGAUGCUGGGAGUGUUUCAACAAUAUUUUGGUGGAGAGAAAUUUAUGAUGAUCGGUUGUCAGACAUUUCAUGAGGAUAUCAACAGUCUGCCUCUUAGACAGUAUGUUUUUUUUUUGGAGGUCUACAGUGACACCGUGAUGAUAGGACCUGCUUUCUUAUGAUAAAGAUAUAAUUUUUCUUUAUCAUCUCUCGCAAGAUGUCUUUGUUUCUAACAAAAAUACAAAUGCAUAUUUCUACUAUCUUCUAUUCCACGAUGCUCCUUAGAAAUGAAUGUCACCUCACUGCUAUUUAUCUCUGUCAUCAUAUCCAACAUUCUUUGUGGUAUUAUCCAUUGUUCUUCCUGAAGUAUCUCGUGAAAAGUUUCCUCCAAAUUCAGAAUUGGUUUCCAAUUCAUUAGAGUUCCACGAAUAGUUUAGACUCUGGUUGGAUUCCUUUAAAAACUGAUCUCUAUUUUUCUCUUGUUACCCUUGUGCCACUUAUAAUGCUAAAUUUGGAAAUAAUAUCGUAAAAGAUAAAACUACACUCAAGCCGUAAGUUCAUGAAACCAAAAUAGUAUCCUUGCGUGUUUUUCCUUCCAUAAUUAUACUCAUUAAUUUUAAUUCGAAGAUUGGACUUUCUAGUGUCAUUAUCUUAAUGAUAUACUCGCUUCAAGAAAUUUCACAUGCUUCUGUGCUUAUUAUCCAGCUCAUUAUCUUUGCAUUAUUUUUCUUCCUAGUUAAGUUCUUGAGUUUCUUUAGGUAUUUCUUUACUCCCAUUAUCUUUGCAGCUAGUUUAGGUAUAAUAGUUGUUCUUUUUUGAACAUCCAUGAAUGUCUAUAGGAGAGGACAGGAAAAAAUGUAGAUAUAGCAUUUGAUUGAAUGGCAACAAGAGCUUACUUUCUUGGGGAAGAUGUUCCUUCAAGUUUAGCGGCUACCAAGAUAACCUAAGACCUAAUCUCCUCAACGAGAUUCGAAAUUGCAAGAAACUCUAGACUCCACACUCUCAUACUAAGACAAGAUGAGAGAGGACCAAGAGAGAAUGCGACAACAUGAAUGAGUUGUAAUGUUCUAUCUAUAAGGAAUUUCGGAGACUCUUUAUGUAAAAGAAGGAAAAUGAAUAUUUACAAAGAAAGACAAUGACAUAAUAUAAUUCUAUCCUCACCAUGGGAUACAACUCUAUCCAAAUAAGAAACACUAUUUGCAAGGAAAAAAAUAGUUGCUCAAUAUUGAGAACAGUGCAUCUCUAUUCUCAUUUUAACUUGCCUUAGCAAUAUGAUCUCUAUUUAUAAUCAACGCCUUAUGCUAUAUUUCAUAGUCAUCUUGUGUAUCACUUAUGUUGCCUUCCUUUUUAUCUCGUAAGAAAAUGACAAUCACAUACUCCUUUGAAGAUUCAUAGGUUUUAGGCAUGCAUAUCUUUCUUUAUGUAUCACUUUCUUAGUUCUAUCUCGUUCUAAUGCAUUUGUAGAGUGAAGAUUCUUAAAAUGAUUUUUUUUCGUACGACUAUUUAUUUCCCUAGUGGAAUGUACUUGUAUUUUGAAAGAAAACUAUGAUGUUUGUAUGGCAUGUAAUCUGAGUGGGGAUAAUGGUACGUAACUGAUGGAAAUAAAUAAAAACUUAUCAAGAGACAAUAAUCAUACAAUGACACGAGAUUUAUAAUAGUUUUGUCGAAUCCAAGAAUGCUACAUUCCUUGAUUCCACGUUAGAAAUUGCACUAGAUUAGUACAAUAUAGGGAAUGAAGUUCCUAAACGUAUUAAUAAAACUUUUUCUGUAGCUAAGACGUCCACAAUAAUAAUGUGGUGAAAGAAAUUAAUACAAAAAAUUACGCAUUAAUCUAGUAAUAAUUGAGAAGUUAAUUUUUAGUGUGAAGAAAGCUUUAACAAAUGUCGAAAAGAUUUUAUCCAUGCUAAGAGGCUUGAUUAUCAAUCUGCACUUGAGAACAGAUUCGAAUCCUUAGGGCAAUAGGGAGCUUGAGUCUUGUUUCAUUUCUCAUUCUUGUGGGUUAGCAGCUUCUAUCUUCUAUGGUUAUUGACUGCUCGGUUUACUCAGAAUAUAUUUAGGUUUUUGUUUGGGGUCAACACUAUGUAUCUUGGAUUAUUGUUUAGAAGAUUACUUGCCAACUCAUGCCCAUGGGAUGCUGAUAUGUUCUCUUAUUCUGUAAUUUUUGGCCACUGUCUCAACUAUUUGUAUCUAUGUUGCUGUUUUUGCAGAAGGUGUAAACAAUUAGGUUGACUUUCAGUUCAGACAAUGACUAAAGCAUAAGAGAUACAUUUAGCUUUGAUGGCGUGGAAUCAAAAAUAAUUUGUCACAUUAAAUUCCUCUUUGGAUGAGGGUUGGAGACUCAACAAACUACAUCUUGGCUCUACUAAGUUUAGAAAGUCUAGAAAAAGUAACAUUUUUCCAUAGCCCUAGAUUAUAUUCUCGUGAUUUGUUUCUGGAUAAUUACACCGGAUUUUUUUUUUGGACAAUUAUAUCCUUAAUGAUAUAAUUGGUACAAUACACUCCCAUCUUCGCUUGCAAGGCCAAUAUUCCAAAAUUUGUAGUAACCUAGUGGUAAAGUUUCUUCUGUUGUGUGAAUUACAUACUGCCUUUAACAAUGAACUUUCAAAAAGCCAUUUACACUUCGUGCUUCUGAUCCUCUUGAGGUCUUAUCUGGUUUCUUCUUUGGCAAUCCCUAGGUUCCAAAAAUGAAGUCGUAUAUCAGUGAUCCAGAAGACUUGAAGCAAGACUCUUUAUACCAAGAAACAUGGGAUGACAUGGUUAUCAAUGUAUGUAGGUAAAUUUUUGCUGAUGGUACAGUCUCUAAGGGUUAUGCACUUCAAAAUUUUGCCUCCUAAAAUGCUGAUUCAAUUAAAUUUCAAUUAUAUACCUCUUAUAACAAGUUUCCAUUUCUUGAAAUGGGAUUCUCCACUUUUAAUUGAUUUAUAUCUUUUUUCGAUUUUACUGAGUUAUGUUAGAUAUUGCCUCUGUAUUGUUUUUAUUUCAUAUUCUGGAGAACCUAAACUGCCGCUGUUUUAGAAGGUUUGAACUUUAUGUAUUUCAUUUUUUAGAAUUGACAAGUAUGCUUGGCAGUUCCUUGCAGAGUCUUUGGAUAUUGCUCAAGAUAUGGAAUGUGUCACUCAGCUGGGAAACUCAUUUACAAGUCAGUAUGAUCUGUAUUCCGUGGAUGAUGAACACUCUGCAUUACUUCACAGGUAGUGCGGUUGCAGUGUCGGUCACUGAUUUCAUAAAUCUCCAAUUAAAGUGAUUUUUAUUUUAAGGUGUUUCAGUCAACUAAUAAAAUUGAAUUAACAUUUUUUUUAGAAUAAGAAUAUUUCGAUGGACUAAGAAUGGUUUUCUCUCUUUAAUUGCUAUUGAAUAUGCUAGUUGAUUUUUCAAUUAGAGAGUUUGGUUGACUAUUUUAUGCAUUUCAUCAUUAUCAUAAUAUCUUGUGCCCUGAAUCUGGGAUUGAUCUAGAUUUCAGUGGCUGACAACAACUGUUUGUAGUUUGCCUCGUUUUCAGCAUGGUACCAUUUUCCUCUCCAAGAUCUGGAUGAGGAUAACUAGCCAACUGGCAGUGGCUUGAUGUUGAUAGGAGAUUCCCGAAACUCCUGGCAGACGAUGGUUACCUUUUGGAGGGCCAGUGGUGAUGACAGCAUCUAGGAUAAAAUAACCAUUGAUUAGGGAAAAAAAAUGAAACACUGAAGAUUACAUUGUAAGAUGUAAUGGAAAAGGAGAAGAAGGGAAAGGCAAGAAAAAGCUAACCCUUAAUAAAGGAUUGUAAUUUAUGUGACAUGUACACUGAGUGUUAUUGAGCCUUUGGUUCAAUAUAAUAGGUUCAUCUUCAAACUGAGAUCCAUCAGAUAAAUCCUCGGUGCUCAAUUAUUCCUACUGAGAACUAAAUCUUCUCUGAUAUGAUUUAUUUUUGGUCUUCUCCCAUCAUCAUUAUCCGAGUUUUCGUACCUUUCCCUUGUUUUCAAGGACCUUCAACCUAGACGACUAGCUGUCUUUUGACUAUUGUAGUUAUGGAACUGGUUGCUUGCAUGGAGAUUCCACAUGUUUUAUCCUGAAGGAACAGUUCUGCAUCAAGUUAAUGGCAUUUUCCUAGUAUAAUAAGAUCUACAUUUUUGGCUCGUCACUUUGAUUCGGAAUGUCUACUCUAGACUGAUCCAUCAUAUCUCUGGCAUUUUGUGCGUGGUGGUGCUCUCUGGGAAAUUGUUCAUUUCUUUCAUCCCCUAUGUAUAUGCAGAACAAACUAUCACCAGCCUCAGUGAAUUAUAAUUUGUGUGGUCGAAUCAUAGAGUAGAAUUAGGAUCAAGAUACCCAUGAAAGGACCCUAAAUUACUCAAGUGAAGUUUGAAAAGUAGUGUUGUGUAUAGCAUAGCAUUAUGAUGAUGUCAAAGCCCAGGGUGUGAAUGAAACGUUCCUGCUUAUUUUCUUGGCUCCAGUCAAGAAUUUAUUACAUUCCUGGGAGGCUAUUAUGCUCCUCGUGAUGUUAUCUUUGAUGUCAGAUCAAAGAGUCAAAAAGAUCUCUAGUGAUGCGAAAUAACAGAUAAAAAAGUUACUUUUAUUAGACGGUUUCUUGUUUCCAUGGGCAACUUUGUUCCUGUAGAAACCAAGGUAGUACAGGCACUUACAGAAAGGCUCUACAAGAAAAUGCAGAAAGAAAAGGAAAAAAAACUGAACAAAAAACUUCAUUUGAAGGGAAGAAUUGCUAAACAGUCCGUACUUGAGUAUGCACGAGUUCCAGGCUAGUAUCAGUUAAGUUGUCAUCUACAUCUCUACCAUCAAAGUUCAUACGUAUUCCAGCAUCUGGUCUCUUCGUUUUAGUGGAAAUGACAGUCCAGUUUAGCAGCGGUAACGACCGCAGAUUAUAAAAAUAUUCCACUUAAAACGGAAGCAUGGUUUUUUAAUAGAAACAACCACUUUUUCCUGCAGCUCAAGGAACAUUUAGAGGGUUGCCUCUUUAGUAUGAGGAAAAGACCUUGCCAAGCCUAAACAUUGAAAGUAAGAUCAAUAGACAUUUGGGGCCAUUGACCAACACUAACAAAUGUCAGUGCUGGGUCAGGGUUUCUAUUGACAGGGGUGCGGGGGAGUAUUGCAGGAACUAAUCAACCCCUGAACAAUUUUGAUAGUCUUUCCAGAUGGAGUUUUGACACAAACCAUACAAGGAUAAACAAUUGGGAAAUUUGGUGAGUGAGUCAUAUGGUCGGUAGCUCUUGAAUCCAUUACCCAAGAGUCAGCAAAGGUUGUACCUGUGACAUUUAAUAUAAUAGAAGAUGAAAACUCACUUGAAUAAGCCAAUGGAUAAGAAUCUGUGAGUUUGUCCAGAUUGCCAAUGAAAGAUCUGAAUCUUUUAACUUCUUCUUGGUUGAGACCACCUGACUCCUUUGUUGGUGCUUCAUUCUGCUGUAUUGUCGUGACAUGAGCUGGACCAUUGUUCAUUAGCUGUUCUCUUAUCUAUCCCCAUUCUUGACUUCUCUUCAUGAUAUGAUGCGGCUUCUUACAAUAAGUGUACCAUAAGCUAUCCUUUUGGUCACUAUUCUGGGUGAUCAAUUGUCUUGGUUUUUCACUGUCAACAACUUGUGUUCUCUCCAAAUUUGUGGCUGAAUUAUUGCCAUCUUUAGCCACCAUAGCUGACUUAUCUGUGCUUUUUGGUUUGAGCAUCAGGCCGCUUCUGCUUUCCUCUCCUUCAGUCAGUGCCACUACCUCAUUAAAGCCAUUAACCUCCUGCUUGCGAAGGAUCUGAAUUCUCACUUGAUCAAAUUCCGGAUUAGGUCCAACAAGAAAAUCAUAAACUCAAACUUGCUCAAUGAAAUCCUUCAUAAUAGCUGCAUCCUCAUGAUGUUUGGUUUUAAUCAUGGUCAAGUUCUUGCCAUAAAGCUUUCAACUGAUUAGCAUAUUCCAUAACUAUUUUACUUCCUUGUUUUGCAUCUUAACGUCAUACACUUGCGUUGCAUCUCUAGCUUUGGAAUAAGUCUGUUGGAUUGCAUCCCAAAUAUCCUUGGCUGUAGCUAAGAACAGACAUGUGUUGCUAAUCUCCAGUGUCAUAGAAUUCCAUAACUACGUCAUAAUCAUACGUAAUCUUCUUCAUCCCGUGCCUCAAACCAAGGAUCCCCUGGUUUCUUCCCUUUCUCUUUCAGCAUAGUGCGAACAAGUUGAAACCAUUUAAACUAGUUUUUUACAUCCUAUGCAGCUUGAACACUCUGCAACACUCCGUUUGUUGAAACCAUACGGACUCCUCCAAUUGUGUUGCAGUGAUCAUCUCUACAACCUCUGUCACCUGUAAGGCGUGAGUGGUAUGGACAGUUGUCUGAACUUUGAAAAACAACAAUGAAGACCAAUCCUGAACAGUCCUGAACCGCUGUUGACAAUGCAAAAAACAGGCGGCCCCUGAAAUAAUCAGCUGAUCCAAGAGCCUGAAAAGAAAAACAACAAAUCACCUCCUCCACACGUCACCAAGAUAUCCAAGAAUGAUUGCCGAAACAGCAUAUCCCUAGGGGAAACAAGAUAAGACACAGACGGAGAUUCCACUCGCUGCCUUGAGAUUGACAGAGAGCAGAGCAUGGGGAGGAUGAAAAAAAAUCAGAUUUACAAGCCUAAGUCCCUGAUACCUGGCACAAACCAAACAAGAAUCCGUGGGGAAAAUUUUCUGUCAUAUAAAUUCACAGAGCAAUUGCUGGUUAAAUAUAAUUACCCACUCAAAAACAUGAAAACUACCUAGGACGAAUUCCAUGAUUUAUAUGAUACUCAACCAAAUUAGGAAACUGACCAACAACCUAACCCUUCAUUAUACGUUUUUUUCCACAGAUAUCAUGGCACAAUUAAGAUGCAGUGAACUGCACUUUUGUUAUACUUACUAAUAUGACGAGUUGUGUCUCGAUGUUGACAUAUUGGUACCUUUUCAUUUUGAAUGAGUUCUUAUUCCUCUCUCUAGUCUCAUUUGUCUAGAUAAUUAUCCCUUGUAUCUCAUUAUUUUUCAGAAUUUUUUGUCAAUCUUGUUCUUUUCUGAACUGCAUAAUGGAUAAACAUUUGGAUGUCAGCUAGUUAUAGGCCAGAAGAUUUGAUUGAUUGAAAAUUCUUUUGAAUACUUGCAUGUGAAAUCCUUGAUAGGGUUAUACUUUUCAUUGAAUUUCUGGGUUGACAGCUUUCUUUUUUGCUUUUGCAGAUGCUUGGGGAUUCUUCUUCAAAAAGUUGAUGAUAGAGCAUUUGUACGUGACAAAAUAGAAGAUAUGUAUAAGCAUGCAAAUAUUUCAGUCCCAACAAAUAGACUUGGUCUAGCAAAGGGCAUGGGCUUGGUAAGUUGGAAUUGGAGUUGAGAAUAUGUGUAAAAUUUCUUUCCCUCAGGAAUCUAAUCUCUUGAGAUUCCCAGGUGGCAGCUUCACAUUUGGAUACUGUUUUAGAAAAGCUGAAAAGCAUUCUUGACAAUGUUGGACGUGGUAGGUUUCAAAGGUAUCUUCUUUUUUUACCUGUACUUUGAUUUUUCAUUUUUUCAUGUAAAUGAGGGUAUUAAAUUGAAAUAUGUAUAAUUAUGUUCUUAUACCAUUAUAUUCUACAAGCUUUUUCCCAUAUACUGAGGUUAAUUUUUCCAAGAACGUAGAACUCUAAAUUUUACUUGAGUCUGAUCAACCAGCAAUCUGUGGAGUAUUUACAGAAAGGCAGGUUAGAAAGAAAGCAAGAGGGGAUAAGGAACAGGUUUGUUUUUUAUAUAAUUUAAUAAAUAAAUCAGUAAUUUUAUCUCCAAGGGAGAGGGGUAACGAUUGUACACAAAAUGGGAAAGUUGACAAUUAAGUUUCUGAAGUGAGGUUCCUGUCAGGCACUCAACAGUGUUCUGUGUGGUGAAAGGGCAAUUAAAUGAUUUAAUCAGGGAACGGUUUGGACUUUUUCAAGGCUGGUGCAUGGGAUGGUAAGUCCAUUUGCAAGAGUGGUGCAUGCGACAUUAAAGGAAAGUUAGUGGUGAUAAGGAUCUGAAAAACUAUUCCUAAGUGAACUCUGAUGGAUCGCUACACUUCUGCCACUGGCUAAAUCAUGAACCCAUGGUGCUUCCUGUAAACCCAAUUCUCAUUUGCUUUGUGGCAUCCUUUCUUAGAGUGCUUACAUUUUUCCUUAAGUUGUUUAGAACUCUCCUAUACUAUAUGAUAAGCUAUACAUGUUACGGCGAAGGGUAUGAUACAGUUUUAGCUUUUGGCCACAAAAAAAGAGGGAUUAGACAGUGGAAGUAGUAGAUGUAAGACAGCGAAGAUGGGAAGUAUGUGGAAGAGGGCAGGAAGAAUUAUUUUUUGGAGGGAGAGAUGAGAAAAUAAAAGAGAAAACCAUGCAUUUGAAAUCAUUUUUAAUGACCUGCACAAGUUUGGCUUUAGACGCAAAUUACGAGGUUGAAAGGACUUACUAAUCCCCAUUUACCAUAGGUAGAAUUCAGUGGCUGGGUAGUUAUUGAGCUUAUGACUGAUCUUGAAUAAUACUGUCUUGGAAAUAAUCUUAUGGUACUGCACCGUUUAUCCGUUUGUACAGCUUUUUUCCCAAUACGUUAUUUUAAAUUACUGUUGUUCAUUGCAGUACCUGUUUCAUUGUCAAAUAUUCUAUGUGAUUACAAUUGGCGGUCCUGUAUUUCGAUUUUAGUAUAUAUAUAUAUAUAUAUAUAUAUAUGAUGAUAUUCAUUUGAUUUAUUUAACCAAAUAUUCAUCAUUUUUCACUAAUUUUCAUGCACUCAUAUCCAAUUUUUAUGGACUUUAUCAUAGGCAUCCUUGCCUCUUAUAGGACUUUUAUUAUUUGUUUCUGGAAGUCACCUGUUUUUCAAUUUAUGAAUAUGACGAUUUUGUCGCCAAACAAAUCAAGUUUGUUGUGAUGGAUAAUUCCUGGUUCCUGAAAUGAAAACUAUUUUUAUUUUUAUUUUUUGUUCCAUGUCCUUUCCACACCUGGAAAAAACCAGCAAUGAAUCAACGCUGGUACAGCAAUUCAUUAAUAAAAGUAUGCUAUUGUUUAUAGCUGGACGAUUCGCAUCUUGUUGUACAAUAUUAUUGAUUUGUUUGAUUCCCUAAUAUGGUUUUUUUUAUAUGAUCAGAGGGGAACAGACUAAUGUUCUUGAGAUGAUAAUUAUGUUUCUUAUUACACCGAUAUCUGAGUUGUUUAUGAUUGGACCACAUAAGCAUUUAUAACAUAACAGUUGUUUUCUUUCUGAGUUUCACUCAUUCAUUUAUUGCAGGUUCUUUUCCUUCUUUUCUGGUGGUGCUAACACUGAAGAUGUUGAAGAUAUCCAUGCUGCUCUAGCUUUAAUGUAUGGGUAUGCAGCAAGAUAUGCUCCAUCCUCAGUCAUUGAAGCGAGAAUUGAUGCACUUGUGGUAUGAAAACAUUGUUUGAAUUAAGAUGCCUUUACCCAGCAACUACCAAAUUCCGGUUUGGAAACACUUUGUAUUAUUUGUUACAAAAAUAAAGUUUAAGGUUGCGGAUAAUUGUAUAAUCCGUAGUCGAAAAAUUCAGUUACAUAAGCAUUUAUUACUGAUAAGAUCAUAGUCCGUUUGACUUGCUGAAAAUUUCAACAAACCCUGAAAUGUGGCCUGUGACGCUUGAAUACAUCCCCUGACAAUUGAAAACUUUCCAGUAAUCUCUCUAAAUUUUGUUUCGACCAGUAACAAUAUAUGUAAUUUUUUUAGAAAGCCAUAUUUUCCGGUAUCGCAAGGUAACCAAUAAUUCAUCAUGCUGUGUCACUUGUAUACCUUUUUGCAAGUUCCUGAGGCCGAUCUAGUCUCCAACUCUGGAAUAAGUCCUCCAUAUACAUGAACCUUUGGGCCAUUGGCAUUGCUUAUGCUCUGGCAUAUCAGAGUAGGAGGUGAAUUGAGGUUCAGCUAACUCCUUGCCGUAGCCAUAAAGCUAGAUCCUGUUAACAAAUCCAGUGUGACCGUCCCACACUGAGAUAUGUCACUACAGUUUGACGGCCCUAUAUGCCAAAAAGUUGAGUUCAAUGGAGUUGAUAGUUUCCGACUUGGUUAACCAUCAAUCCUAAACUAGCAUUAAAGAAAUGAGGUUUCGAUGAGAAGAAGCUCCCUAAAUUCUACUGCUGUCAGUCCUUCGCUGCGCUGUAACAGUUGUGGCCCUCAAUAACCUCUGAACCAGUGAUCCAGCUACUUUCCCAUGCGGGGCUCUUUUGAAGAGUUCAGCGUACUUUGUGAAACUCACUUGAUGCGUCAUGUAGAACCUAAUGUUCAUAAAUGAUGGAUAAGUAUGAAGAUCAAUAACAUAAGUGGUGUGUCUCUAACCUGGUAUCUAUUUAGAAUUUGAGGCUUCUCUCAUUGCUUUGAGCCGAAACUAAUUCUAUCGGCAUUUAUUUGAUUUCCUCUGAAAUUGAUUUAAUGUGUACAGAGUUAGAUGGUAUGACUCUCGAGUACUCGUCUGUUAGAAUUCCUGACCAAUUUGUAGUUAAAUUUUUUUCCAUGCUAUUUUAUCAGUACUAAAUGGGAUUACUCUUUUUAACUUUAAAACGAAUCUAAUGGUCUUUUACCUUUCUGGCUGCCCUUUUAAGGUGAAUGAUAUUCAGGAAAAAAAUUAGAUUACCAAAACACUACCAAUUACACAUGAUUAACCAUCUUAUUAUUUGUAUAUUAUCAUUUUUCCUUGAACUAGACAUCAAAAAAAAUAAAUUAGAUCCAUCAUUAACAUGACAGAAAAUUGUUGUAGUUGUUGAAAAAAACUUAUCAUAUUGUUUAGAGGUGCACCUCAGAGUCAUUCAUUGAUCCCUUCCCUUGUUAUCCUCCUUUUCGUUCUUCUACUUCUCUCUCCUUGAUCACACUCCUACCUCUUUCCCUCUGUCACAUGUUCACGCUUUGAAGGGGUGUUUGACACUUCUGUCCAUGAGGCAUCCCAGUUUAAGCCUUCCAAAAUCUCAGAGAACUCGAAGUAGAGAUUUUCUUUUUUAUGCAUUUGCUUUCCUUCCUGCAUUGCCCUCACUUAUUAGGCACUCCUUUCCAUUCUAUCACAUGUUAAACUAGGUCUUUUGAAGGCAGCAUUAGGACACUUCUGGUCAUUAUUUCCAUCAUUCUAGUUGAUCUGUGUUAGCAAGCAGCAUUCUGGCAUGACCAUGAUAGGAAACUAGAGUUAACAGAACUCAUAUAGACUUAUUGAGACGUCGUGCACCUUAGCACUGAGGCAGAUUAUCAUGCUAUUUCCGGCACAAAAUCUAACCCCUUACUCAGCCUUGUCCUCUGUUGUGGAGAUCUGUUUGAUACAAUGCAGUUCAUUAGAUGGCCAUUGUGAGGUUUUUUAUCUUCAAUUGAUUAGGACCAACGUAUUCACCAUAUAGAUGUUGUGUAUGAUGUCUUGAAACCUUUAUAUCUUCUUAUUAUUUUUUAUUACUCUCACCACAAAUGAUCCCUUGUAUCACUGCAAGCAUCAUCUUCAACCAUCAUUUUCAGUUUAGGUAGGAUAUGCAUCCAUUCAUGAUUGAUCAAACUUAGGGCAUGAAUAUUGAAAUGGAUCUGCACAUGAUCUCUGUGAGACGUCACUGCUUUUCUUUGGAUUAUUAAAGUCCUGACUGAAUGAAAAGGUCUUUAUUCUUACUGUAUGGAUAAUUUCUUCUGUUAGUUUGUUUACUUGGGACUUUAAUCACUUGUACAUUUUUUAUUGGCUAUCUAGGGGACAAAUAUGCUAUCACGAUUACUUCAUGUACAGCAUCCUACAGCAAAGCAAGCUGUCAUUACUGCAAUCGACUUGCUAGGUACCUAUAAGAAAUUUUUUGAUAGGAGACUUGCUUCUGAAGUUGCAGAAUUUUUAGUGGAAACUAUAUUUGUCUUUCAAAUUAGCUUACUUGUAUGUGUUUAGGGCGUCAGGCUACAUCUGGAGUGACUAUCAAAAUGCUCAGGGGCGAUUAGUUCUCACAGCACCCCUCCCCCCCCCCAACUUCCGCCCCCAAUUCCCUUCAUUAGCAGAAAACCUGAUCCAACAAUGACUUCUGUUUAUGUUGUUCAAUGAUCCCAAAUAUCCAUUGAUGUUACUUUCAAUGCUUAGGCUCGGGAAGGUCUUUUCCUCAAAAGAGGCAUCCCUCUGAAUGUCCCUUGAGCUGCAGGAAAAUAGUGGUUGUUUCUAUAAAAAGAACAUGCUUCCGUUUAAAGUGGAAUAUUUUUAUAAUCUGUCUUGUGCAGGUAAUGCGGUCAUUAACGCUGCUGAAACUGGACUGUCAUUUCCACUAAAACGAAGGGACCAGAUGCUGGAAUACGUAUUAACUUUGAUGGGUAGAGAUGUAGAUGACAACUUAACUGAUACUACCCUGGAACUCCUGCAUACUCAGGUAUGCACUGUUUAGCAAUGCUUCCCUUCAAAUGAUGUUUGUCAAUUGUUUCUCAUAAAAUCCUGUAUUUUAUUGUAGAGCCUUGCUUUAAGUGCUUGUACAACCUUGGUUUCUAUAGAGCCAAAGCUACCGAUGGAAACAAGAAACCGUGUAAUGAAGGUAACUUUUUAUCUGUCAUUUUACAUUGCUAGCGAUCCUUUUGACUCUUUGUCCUGUAUAAUGGGUUAACACUUUGUCAGGCUACCCUUGGUUUCUUUGCCUUACCAAAUGAACCGUCAGACAUUGUUGAUCCUCUUAUUGACAACCUUAUUACUCUUUUAUGCGCUAUUCUUGUUACCAGGUACGGUUUCUAUCACAUUUUAUGAUUUAUCAUAUUUAUCCUUUAAUACUUCCUCAAACUAUGUUGCUAAAUGUAUGCUUGUUUAGUAUUUAUGCUCAUGAGAUAGUGUGCACUUUUUAGUCUAUGCAUAGUAAUACAGAAUUCUAAAUACUUUGAUCUAGGAUCCUUUUUUCUGUUUAUCCUGUUUAAAUCCCUCCUUGCUUAUAAACUUAACAUGGCAUGUGUAGUGGUGAAGAUGGACGCAGUCGUGCAGAACAGCUACUACAUAUUCUUAGACAAGUGGAUCAAUUUGUCUCAUCUUCUGUAGAGCAUCAGAGGAGAAGAGGUUGUGUUGCUGUAUAUGAGACACUACAGAAGUUUCGGACUCUUUGUUCUAGUGGCUAUUAUGGACAAGGACAUCCAUCAGUUUCUAUACACAACAAGCAGACUGAACGAGCAUUUCAGAGAAAGUUUUCUAAUUUACCAUGUAAUUCCCGUGUUAAAGUUUUGUUAUGUUUUCCUACGUGCUCUUUUAUUCUCACCACUUCAUUUUCCUCCUAUUUUUCUAGCUGCAUUUGUAUUGCCUAGUCGUGAUUCCUUGAGCCUUGGGGAACGGGUCGUAUCCUACCUUCCACGUUGUGCAGACCCCAGUACUGAAGUUAGAAAGAUUGCUGUUCAGGUUUGUUGCUGAAAAGAAAAAAUACGUUUUUAGGUCUAUAUCAUCAUUCUUUUCAAAAAUUUUGCAAGGGCAAAUAGCUUUCUUAACUUCCAUAUUUCUUUAGCCAUUUCAAGGAAAAUGUAAAUACACCAGCGUUUUUUCUUUUUGUAGAUUGUUGCUCUGUUCUUCAGUAUAGCUCUAUCACUUCCAAGACUUUUGGGAGCCAAGACCUCUGCUGAUGUGGAUCUAGAAGUGUCAUACAAUGCUUUAAGCUCCUUAGAAGAUGUGGUUUCCAUUUUAAGAAGAGUUAGCAACCUAUUCCAUCUUUGCAUUCUCGUUAUUUGUUAUCUCGUGUUCUGAAAAUUAGCAGGUUGAUGAUUGAUUGUGUAUGGAGUUAAUUUGUCUCUAUGUUUCUACAGGAUGCUUCUAUUGAUCAAUCUGAAGUAUUUAAUAGAGUAAUUUCGUCUGUUUGUACUUUAUUAACAAAAGAUGAGGUAAAUUUAUGUUUCUUUUUAUGAAGCAAAUACAGUACUUUCGUCUCGAAUUGGCAGUUAUUCAACUGGUUAACCAAUUACUAUAAUUUUUUAAUCGAUUUAACUGAAUUUUGGGGUUUAUGGAACAGCUUGUUAUCUCAUUGCACGCAUCCAGCAAUGCGAUAUGUGAUAAGAUUAAGCAGUCAGCUGAAGGUACUAUACAAGCUGUCACUGAGUUCAUUUCUAGGAGAGGAAAUGAAUUGAAUCAGAAUGAGGUGUCUAGGUUCGAACUUUUAACUCGAUACUUACCUUCUUUCAUUACUUGGGUAUUUUUUUCUUAUACAAUUUAUGGUGUCAUCGCUUCAGAACCGCCCAAUCUUUGCUCGCUGCCACAAUGCUUGUAAUUGACAGGCACUCACGUCAAGAAGUUCUAAAUGCAGUAUCCUGAAAUAUAUUUUAAUUCAUUCAAACUCUUAGCUACCAAAUGGCGUGUGUUUAUUAUCAAAAUUGGCUUGCGUCCCUCGGCAGCUUUCUUAACACUUCAAGAUAUCGUGUCUGGCAGAGGAUACCGAUUCCAGUGUUGUUUUCAAUGAAGUUUUGGCUGCUGCAGGACGGGAUGCUGUUACGAAAGAUAUAUCUAGGUUGAGAGGCGGUUGGUUAAUGCAGGAUGCAUUUUAUGUGAGUUUGAACUUUCUCUUGACCUAAUAUUCUCAAUAAUUUAUCCUCAUUUUCUGUAAGUUUUCAGCUCUCUCAGUCAUUUUAGGUUUCCCUGAUGGUUGACUUUUAUAUAUCUACAUGAAAAUUCAUCAUGUCCUGAUGGGUCAUCAGAUUGUGCACAAACUACGGAGUCAGAACAGUCACCCGCUUCUGGGUAUACCAUGGCAACUUCCAACAUCCUAAGGACAGUGAAGCCAGCAACCAUGCACAUGGAUGGAUCAAAAGAAAUGGUGGAUUAAAAUCAGAACUGAGUCAUAAUCAUCGGGGACGAUAUUUGACAGCUUGCAUCAUCAUCUUAACUGAGAAACGUAGGAGGAAAAAGUGAUUUACAGCGGAUUCCUCUUUAAAGUGAUGAUGAUGUAUAAGGCAGUACUAUCUCUCGUCAGUAUGUUCAAUCAAUGAGCACCAGUCGACGCCUACAGAAAUAUUCCUCACUUGAUUACCAACUGUCGACACAGUUACGGUUGCUAUUACCACAUCUCAAAUAUCCACGAAAAAAGCACCAUAACCAGUUUAUCAAAACUUUAAUUGCAUGGGCAUUCUCAAGGCUUCAGGAAAGAGGAGAAUUCUCCAAUUUUUUAUAACUUUCUUAAGCCAUCUCAAACGUGGUCAUUGCUCUAGAAAAUGCUAUCUUUUGAAAUUAGGAUCUGAAUUGUUUUAUCCCCUGAUUUAAAAUCUAUUUUCUUUUUUGUCUCAUACCUUAUCAAAAUUAUGGCAGGCAUUUUCCCAACACACAGCACUUUCAAGUUUGUUUCUGGAACAUGUUGUAUCUGUCCUUAAUCAAAUGCCCGUAGCAAAAAUCAGUCCAGAUAAAGGAGAAAGUCAUUCCUCCGACCUAUCUAUUGAAGAGGACAUUCAGCAAGCAGCCGUUCUUGCUUUAACUGCAUUCUUCAGGUUGGAUAAUGAUGUGAUUUUCAUCAUUGUCUAUUUAGAGUUGAUAUCCUAUGUCUUAUGACUGCAUCAUUUAGAAAUUUCUGUGUUUUUACUGUGGGUUUUGUAGAGGUGGCGGGAAGACCGGUAAGAGAGCAGUGGAACAGCGUUAUGCUGCUGUUCUCUCUGCACUCAUACUUCAGUUAGGAAGUUGUCAUGGCCUUGCUCUGUCUGGAAGCCAAGAACCUUUAAGGUAAACUUAACUUAUCCCCCCGAAAUUAUUAGUUACAAGAUAAUUCUGUUUCAACUGCGUUUUUGUUUUUCAGGAUCCUGUUAGGUGCAUUCCAGUCAUUCUGUGAAUGUGUUGGCGAUCUUGAAAUGGGAAAGGUUAUUUCUCGGAAUAUUCUCUCGUUAACAAGGAGUUCAGUUCCGAUGGAAUCUUAAUAUUCAAUUUAUUCAGUAUUGAAUUAAAUUUUCAGAUUUUGGCUCGAGACAGUGGACAAAUCAUUGGCGAGAAAUGGAUCGACCUUAUUGGCGAGCUGGCAUGCUGUAUCUCUAUGAAGAGACCCAAAGAGGUAACCAAUAACCUGUGGCCGUCAUGCUUGACCGAUGAUUAUGGCAAUCAUUCAAUCAACCAGGGUUUUGCUUAGGACCACAUGGUUUAGUUCCAAUGUUUAACACAUGAUUUUUGUAACCAAUGUUGACCCUGAUGCCAUCUUCUGAGGAAUAAGAACUCGAUAGGAUCCAUUAGAUAUCCUUAUCUUUGGAAACUAGUAGUUGAAUGUGCAAGUGUGAUGUACCUUUCCAACAACUUAUCACCCUUUUCUAGGUGCCAAAAGAAGAAUAAAGAAAGAUUUGCAUCACUAGUUUCUAGCACUUAACUGCUUGAGCCUUUGGCAAUCAAUCUGAGUUCCACAUGGAAAUGAACAAAGUGAUGUGUCAGAUACAAAUUGAGUAACAUGUUUUUCCAAAAAAAAUUUAGGUUUGUUGUCAAACGGCACGUUCCCACAAUGAUUUGAUCAUCUCAUUGAUUUGUGGACUUGCUUUCCUGGGUCAAUCAACCAUAAUCAAAGCUGACGUCAGAGAGUAUGUUUAUACUACCACGUUGUGCAUUGUUUGCACAAUUCUCAUUUUCUUCAUAGUUAUACCGGAAGCUACAUUUUUUGGGGAUUGCCACAGACUGGUGCUUCUUGUCAAAGCUUUUAAGGUUGACCAUGUAGGUGAUUAAUAUCCUUUUCUUGACCAGGUAAGGUAUACAUCAUACACUAGCGUUAGAAGAGUUUUUUUCCUCAGUGAACCCUGUCACCCAUCCUGCUAUCUUUCCAUUAAACAAAGAUUUUCUGUCUGACCUUGAGUCUGGCCAAAUCUGAUUGUAGGAAGCCUGAUCUAUCAAACUAGGCACGUGAUGACUGUUUAAUCUCAUACAGUGCCUCCUUCAAUCAACUUUUGAUCUUUAUCAAGCCCUGGUGGAGAUGCAUAUACUUCUCCUCUAUGAAAUCUUCAUUCAUGAUAGAGCUCUUGACAUCAAGUCAUUACCGAGUCCAAGAAAAUGACUCCCAAAGGACGACAUUAGUCUUAUUGACUUAAAUUUCACCACUAUUACGACAGUCUUUUUGUUAUCAUAUCAUUUUCUGGUCUACGUUAGUCCUCAGGUCAUAAACCUUGUGUUACGGUACCCCACAACACUAUCAACGUCAUAUUUGAUGUUUUACACCUACUUAGAGCAUAAUAACUUCUCUUCAGGACAUACAACAUUAUUGAUUAUCAUCACAGAUUGUUAUGAGAUGUAUGUAUAGAAAUGAAUGUCAUUUUUUAGCAAAAAAAGUAAUUAGUAGGUGAAAGUCAAGAAUAAAAAAAAUGUUUCGCCAAUGGGAUCUGUUACGAACCUCCUAAAAAAAUGUACACCCUAAUUCUACCUUAGAAGUGGCUCCACUCACAGAAUUUACAUUAUUCUAUGGUGGUCCCCCCCCUCAACAUGGGGGUCUAGGUCGUCUUGUGCAGAAGACAGUUAGCUUCGUAACAGGAUCCUUCAUACACGCUCACACAUUGUGGCAGACGAUAGGAAGACGAAAGAUUGGAUGCACUGUUAGGAUUUAGUGAAGCCAUGGUAUCUUCACUUGAUGAUUCAGCACUCUCUUUCGUUCGGUAAUUUGUAAGAGCCUCUUUUACAGUUUACUUCAUCUAAAAGUACAUAGCACUUUCUCAAUAUCCUUUUGUUAAAGUGUAGAAUGAUCAUAUGAGGAUUAGUUGAAGAGAACACGGGGAUAAGACGUGAUGAUUGAUCGGGUGGAUUGCCUCCUCUAAGAAUGAGAUUGGUGGUGAACGUAAGACUUAAACUCAAAUGACGUCACAUCCUUUAAAACAUAUUUUUUUCUCAAUUAUUAGUUCAAAACAUUUAUACCCUUUUUGAGUAGGAGAAUACGUAUGAAAUUCAUCACGAACAGCUCUUGUGUUUACCUUGGGCGAGCUGAGUCAUAGACAACGGAUAAAACCGAUAACCUGCUAUGUAAAGUGGAAGAGACAUGAGAGAAAUAAAUGAAUAACAAGGGGCAUGUUCCAAAGAUCCCCAAGAAGGCAUGUUGCUAAUAAUAUGACAUUAUGAAAGAGUUGUCUCGGCCUAAACCUUUUAAGAAAAUGAUGUUGAAAUAGAAAAAUAUGAAAAGUCAUAAAUGUAUAGUUUUUCCUUCUCCACCACAAUUUUUUUUCUGAGUACAGAAUUAAGAUGGCUAGUGAAAAAUAUCCCGAUCUAAGAAAACGUCAAGGAGCCUCUCAAAGUACUCUCAAACACUAUUGGAACAAAGGACUUCGACAAUAUUUUGGUAAAAUGGCACUUUUUAGGUUUUUGAGUGUCAAUUUUUUUCUGUAUCUGCCAUUCAAACAAGAUUUAUGCUCCAAUGUUUGACGACUAUUUCAAUAUGUCCAAUUAUCUUACUUGUUUUGAAUGAAAUUAUAACAUUCUACACUACCAUUUAGUGUUUCCCAUCUUUUUUGUUGCAACUCAGUUCGUUUUCGUGGUCCAAUUUCUUAGGUUCUGCCAAUAUGUACGAUCCUAUGUGCAGCUUUAAAUCGACAUCUGCAGUUUCAGAGGGAGGCUGCAGCUGCAGCGUUGUCAAAAUUCAUUUCUGACAGGUUGGUUAAGAUCUUUCUGCUACCAUUAAUGAUUUAGGUUGUAGCUUAAUUUCCUAACUCCUAACGGGAAGAACUAUUUAACAACAAUCAUGUUCAAGAAUAAAGAUACUGCUACCAGAAUUGGUGGUUUCAUAGUUUCGUACAGUGAUCGGUGAAGACAACAGAUUUAGUGUUGUUGAACGUUAUCUUACAAAAGAUCUUAUCAUUGCACGCAGUAUAUGAUUAACUUUUGAGACGGUUGUGAUCUUUUUGAUAGUUGUGAAAUCGUGUAUUCAUCCUCGUGCUACCAUAGGAAAUGAUCAGGCUGAUUCUUGCUUCGUCCAAGUCAUUUCUUGGCCGUAUUUGAACGUCACUCUUUGAGAAUUAAAUUAAUCUAUUUAUCUCUGCCGUCUGGUAAUUGAUAUAGAGCCCUUUCCAAUAAUAUUUCUCCAGCACUUGUAGAUAAUGGAUUUUAGAAUUUACGUUUUCCAUGUUCUUUUUAAGAGGACUCGCAUUUUAGAUGACAAUAUCUCUCAUCCACUUGUUUUUGCAGCGAUGGAAUAGCGUCCUUAUUGGAACAAAUGGUGGAAACAAUGUGCUUACAUGUUUCGGACGAAUCUCCUACUGUGAGGAGCUUGUGCCUUCGAGGACUCGUACAGGUUUCCGUUCUUGCCUUUUUAAGUUCCUAAUUUUUGUGUUUCAUUCCUUGAGUAAUACUCUUUGAUGCUUAUGUGUUCCUUCUUUUCAUUUGUCAUUUACAAUCAAAUUCAAUCAACCGUAAGCUGUAACUUAUCAGCUGAGUAAAUGAGAAUCCAGUUUGUACCCUCAGGAUUUAGAUAUGAGUAACCACCAACCCAGGAGUUUGCUGAUUUGCUGCAAAUUAGCAGCUAUUAGGACCUCCAGUGACCAAAGAUAUCCACGAAAUCUUGUUCGCCUGCGGAGAUGCUGAAACCUACCUCUCGUGCUAUCAAAGAUGGGGUAUCAUUGUUGUUAACAUCCAACGGUAUAUGGCAGAAGUAUGGAUGUGGACAUGAAAGAUUUCGUAUUACCAUGGACCCGGGAUAUUUUGUAUACGCUAAAACUCUAUAACAAGUGAUGUAGGACUAAAAGACAUUUGGUACCUGUAAGUUCUUAAAAGCGUGAGGUAGAAUCUAUUAUGUAAAUCUAGAAUUCAGGAUGCGUCCUGAUUCUCAAUGGUUUCCUUUAGGGAAGAUUGAGUUCUGUUCCCUGACUUCCUUUUGCCUGUAUUUUAUAAUAUUUCAUAAUUUUAUAAGUUUGUCCUUCCUCUGUCCAUCCUCACACAUUUAGUAUCAUAUGUGCUUAAUAAAGUGACAGAUAUGGAAAUUUCUGAUGCCUACCAUUUGUAGCAGAUACCAGAAGUGCGCAUGCCUCACUACAUUGCUCAAGUCCUUGGUGUGAUAGUAGCCUUGCUCGAAGACCCUGAUGAGUCAGUUCAACUAACUGCAGUACAGUGCUUGCAGAUGGUAAGCCCGGUUUUUAUAUAAUUGCUGAUAUGUCUGUUUCACCUGUCUCACCAAGGUUCGCAAAGGUUGAAGAGUUUUCGUAAUUACGUUGCUUCAUACUUUCGGUACAUAAUUUUUCCGAUAGGUUCUGAAGUCGUCUCCAAAAGAUGCUGUGGAUCCAGUUCUACCUAAUCUCUCUGUGCGACUGAGAAACCUCCAAGUAAGUCUCCUUUCUGCACAGGAUAUCCUGCGCUUGGUUCAGACUUUGAUGAAUUGUCAUAAGCAUUACUGAGCGUCUUUAUGUGGAUGAUUGGUUCAUCUUAAAAUCAUGUGUAAGAUAUGGAAACGAAGAAUCUACUCUAUAACCCGUGGAGAUUUGUCAUCAAGGUCAUUCAUUUGGUCCAUCUAUUAAUCAUUAGUUCAUUUAAUGCAUUUUUUAGCAUAUUCUACUUCAAAAUAUUAGGACGAAGACUGAAGCAUAUCUUAAGAGACGGUGUUACACAGCCUUUGGCAAAGCAAUUUCCCACGAUAUUUUUAUAGUAUCCGACUCAUAGAUAAUAGUGGAGACUUGUAGUAACAGUGGUGAUUGGGGUUCAAGGAUUUCUUCGUUUACUUAGAACUUACUGUUAAGCACACCUGAGAGGUCCACUCGAUACUUGAUUAUGAAUGGAAUUAAGGGUUUUGGGUUUAGGUUAAAUCUGUGUGCGCUAAAGAUUCCCUUGAAAAUGAAACAGAUUUUGUGAGUGCUUUUUACCUCAAGUUUCCCAAUUGUGAUCAGUUAGCCAUGUCGCUGAAGAAACCAGGGCCACGUGGCAUCGUUAUGAUAAAAAGGCGAAGAAUAACCCUACUGUAUAUGCCACAGUUCAGAUACAGCGUAGAGAGGGAGGUCCUCAGAUAGCACAGGGCUAGCCACUACCCAGGAACCAGAAAGGUACGGUGGAUGAUGCCCCGUGCAGAAACAUGUACCCCAUUUUAGUGCAGCUGAACUAUAGGAUCCUCAGUAGCAAGAAUCGAUUCUGGGAAAGGAUUAUGGUAUCCAUUUUUCAGCAUGUGCAGCCAUGGGCGUAGCUUUGGGGAUUUGUGAGGAGGGUUGGGGUGCACUUUCUUUGUCAUCCACGUCACUGUGAAGCGUAAGAAAUCAGUAUAAGGAUUACCCAUCACAACGCCCGUGAUCAUAUAAUGAUGAUUGGCUCUGGCUUGAGCAUGUUAUUCGAGAAGGUUAAUUACCUGAUUUCAGAAAAAAAAAACUUGCUUAUUCAAGGAAGACCACGGUGAUGCUUCAUUUGUUGCCGUGGGAAAAUGUUAUAAAUAAACCCUUUUUCUAUUUUUGGAUACGAGGAAACUUGUGGUUGAACAUUAGUUGAUGGAAUCUCUGAUUAUAUAUCAUUAACAGUCAGCAGCAGUUCAAGGACUUUUUUAGAUAAUAGAAAAAAUCUGAUUGUAGCAUGCGAUUUAUGCGUCAUUCCAUCUUCUCUUUAGAUAAGAUGUGCGGUUCAAGCCUUCCAUGAAAGUUCAAAUCAAAUAGAACGCAGGCUUCAUCAUUGAUCAACACCUGUCUGAUAAAAUAUUACGUUAAUGUCCAUUAAACAAAAUCAGUCAAUUUCACAGAUCAAAGCUGCAGAAGCAAACCUUGCCGAUAAAAAAUUCAUGGGUCUUGAUAAUAUUACUUUUCUCAUGACAGAAGUAGAUGCAUUAUAAGCCUGUGCAUAUAUAUUUGCUCUUAUUUUUUGUAAUCAUAGGUGUCACAGCAAUGGAUGACAAGAAAUCCAUAUCUGCAGCCAUGUUACUUGUCAUACCCUUUCUGUUUGCAUGUUUACGCUCGUACAGCAGCGUAUGGUCCUGUUUUUCAAAGCUGAGCCUUCACAUGAACCAGAAAUGCUAUAAAAAGUCAAUGUUGAUUUUUCUGCAUGGUUCACAAAAUACAGAUGAGCACGGAUGGGAAGAUGCGUUCUAAUGCGUUCUCCGCAUUUGGAGCGUUAAGUAACUACGGCAUUGGUGCAGAACGCGAUGCUUUUCUGGAGCAGGUACGCGCCUCUCUAAAUCCUCAAAUUCAGAUUAAUGUUUUUUUUUUUAACCAAAAGUCCAAUAUUCCCACCCAAUUUGGAAAUAAUAUUAUUAGCAUGAUCUAAUUUAGGAAAGUUGACUCAUUUCUCGCGCUAGCUUGGCUCAUGUUCUCUGAUGCUGGAUAGAAGCUUUUUGAUGGAUAUCACAAUCACCCAACUUCGGUGCUCUAUUGGCAUAAAAUAAAUCGUCAAAUUUACUGAAUACCAUCUGCUAUUAGUCAACCCCCGCCCCUUUUCCAAUAGCAUGCGAUUUGGUGCUCUAUUCACAUAAAAUAAAUCGUAAAAAUUUACUGAAUACCAUCUACUAUUAGUCAACGCCACCCCCCCCCACCCCCCCCUUUCCAACAGUAUGCGAUUCCGGCUGUUUUUGUGAGAAGCAGAGGUAAUCAUCGGUACAAUUUCGUCUCCAUCAAAACGACCUUUUAUCCCAGAUUAUGCAGUUUUCUUCGUAUCUUUAUCCGCCAUCAUCUCAUCCUCGUGUGCUGUGUUCUUGACUAUACAGGUCCAUGCUGCUCUUCCACGCCUGAUCCUCCAUGUUCACGAUGACGAUCUCACUGUUCGUCAAGCCUGCCGGGUACGAAACAUCACCUUCCCACACCUCACACUGACUCAUCUUUCUCUCAUCUGAAAAUAAAUAAAUAAAUAAAUAAAUAAAAAUCUGACUAACCUUCUUCCUUUCAAAGCAGAACGCGUUCAGGCAGCUUGCGUCCCUGAUGGAAGUGGACAGCCUGUGCGCCCUCGCCAACACUCACUCUUUUAACUCCGACCGCCGGUGUGUAUGCUCCCUUUUAAAGAAUAAACACGAUAUUUUCCGUAAGAACAUUAGAAAACUAACCUGCAUGGCGCAUGAAUUACUCAGAAGCGAGUACGAGAACUUCUUGAGGGCGCUAGCGAAGCAACUCUCGCACGUCUUUUCCACCAGAGCGAGCUCCUACUUGGCCUCUGUGAUCCAGGUCAGAUACCCCAUCGCAGAGAGUAGGGGAAGCGACUUGAAGAUGAUGGUGAGGAACUGAUGAUGGGAUGCUUUCCGAUGCAGGCAUAUGACGCACCAUGGCCGGUCAUCCAAGCCAACGCCGUUUACUUCUCCAGCUGCCUGCUCUCCCUCUUGGAUGAUCAGCGAGCAUCGGCUUCUUUUCUCCCCGAGGUAUUUUUGUCAAAAAAUAAAAAUAAAAAUAAAAAAUAGGGUAGCGUUUUUUUAGUAUUAUAGAUGAUCUAAGCAUCGGCUUCUUUUCUCCCCGCAGUAUUUUUCUCAAAAAAUAAAAUAAAAUAUAGAGUAGCCUUUUUUAAAAAAAAUUAUAGAUGAUCUAAGCAUCGGCUUCUUUUCUCCCCAGGGUAUUUUUGUCAGAAAAAAAAUAAAAAUAAAAAUAAAAAAUAGGGUAGUUUUUUAAAAAAAAAUUAUGGAUGGGCUUUCUGCAGGUGUUCGGAAUGCUGCUGGUGAAGUUGGGCCGGUCCCAAGACGCCAUCGUGCGGGCUACCUGCUCCUUCGCGCUGGGCUUCCUUCUGAAGGCGUCCAACCCCAAGACGUGGUCAUCUCCACAGCUCGACCGAGGGGAAUCCGCUCGAAGAUCUCCCGACGGAUCGUCCAAGUGA